GAUCAACUGUCGCUGUCCGGUGAGGGUGGUGCUGAAAUCAGAGCGCUCUCUCUCUCUCCCUCUCCUUCUCCUUCUCCCCUCCCACCCACCCUCUCUCUCUCUCUCUCUCUCUCUCUCUCUCUCUCUCUCUCUCUCUCUCUCUCUCUCUCUCUCUCUUUUCCUCUCCGUGUUUCUGUUUCGCCGCCGAUCGACCGACACUUGCAGCCAUUUUCCGCAGGACGAACCCAAUCAUGUCGUGAGACGAAAUCUCGCUGGUCACCUGGGCAGAGCCAGCAGCCCUCCUCCUCCUCCUCCGCGCGUCCCGGUGGUCGCGCUUCACAGGCGGGCAGGCAGGGCACCGGUCAAAAUGGUGAAGAGGAAAAGCUUGGACGAGAACGAGCCGGAGUGCGGGAAAGGGAUCCCGUUCCCCAUCCAGACCUUUCUGUGGAGGCAGACCAGGUUGGUGUGAGCAGAAUUGAUAACAGGUGUUUGACACAAAUACGGAUUUGACAGCCAGCGGUGUCAAUGUCGCUGCUUCUCUGCGCCUUAUAGACAUUAAAAUAGAUAAGACAAUUGGAAAUAAACAAUGAUUAUUGUGCAGCUGAGCAGUGUCUUAAACGGAGGAAGGUGAUCUGCAUGUUCUCCGGCUGCAGAUUGCAUGAUGUCACACCUGUAUAACAAAUUUACACGGGAAGUGGGCCAAGAAAGAAUGACACCUUGUGGAUUUUCUGCAAAAAAAAUGAAGGCUGACAUGUUUUUUUUCUUCAAAACCUGAAAUGACAUUGAAGAUUUAACCUUCAUUUGGGGUUUGUUUUUCACCUUUCAGUGCAUUCCUGCGCCCAAAGUUGGGGAAGCAGUAUGAAGCAUCUUGCGUGGUGAGUAAUUUCAUAAUGCAAAUAUGCACAAUGCAGUAGAAUAAUCACCCCUCGCUCUGUUGUAAUCUCUUUUCACCUUAAUGCACCUGCAAAUCAAGUGGGCUCUUGAUUUUACAUUUGGCAAAUUAGUUUUCCCCCCCCUGCUUCCUCCUAUUACCCCAGAGCCAGACCUCUCGGAAACUCAUAUCCAUAAUGACGGCUUCUCCAGAUCCCUCUGGAUCAAAACAGAGCUGCCUCUGUCUUUCCCACAGGCGCUGCCUCGCUCGGGGGCCAUGUGGGACAUUUAGAUAGUCAAAGAAAGCAGCUUUAGAUCCUUGCCUGAUGCCUCUCUCUCUCUCUUUCUCUCUUUUUCUCUCCUUUCUCUCGUCUCUGGCUGCCUCCCCAGUCCUUUGAGCGUGUGCUGGUGGAGAAUAAGCUGCACGGGUUGUCGCCGGCCCUGUCAGAGGCCAUCCAGAGCAUUUCCCGCUGGGAGCUCGUCCAGGCGGCGCUGCCUCAUGUACUCCACUGCACCUCCAUCCUGCUGUCGAACAGGAACAAGCUGGGUGAGGACGCGCAGGACAUGCAUUAGUGCAGCUUCAGGCAUCAAGUUGGCGGGCUUUAUCUUCUUACAGUCUUAGAUGGCUCAGUUUGCGGCCUUAUUGGAAACAGACGUUAACAUUUAAUAUUUAUAUGAAAUAUUAAAAUAAAAAAGGGAAAAUUUCUCCUUAUCAUACUGCUCAUACUGUCCAAAAUCAAACAUUUUAUCCCACGUCUUCAACUGAGUCAUGUCCUUAGCUGUUUGUCGCCCAUUCAUCACCCCUCUAAUCAGCCCUCACCAUUAACCUCUGACCUCUGACCCCAAAAGGUCACCAGGAUAAGCUGGGCGUGGCUGAAACCAAGCUGCUCCACACGCUGCACUGGAUGCUGCUGGAAGCCGCCCAAGAGUGCAACCACGAGCCGAGCCUGGGCCACGGGUGGUCCGCCGGCAGCAGCAGCAGCGCCUUCCUCCAGCCAGUGGGGAACCAGGGGUCGUCUCCCGGGGCGCCCGGCUCGUGCUCCGGCUCCGCCUUAGGGGGGUCGGGGCCUCAGCACAGCGGGUCGCUGCUGGAGGAGGAUGAACACGCUCGUACCAAGCUGUUCCACAAGAGUAUGGCGACGGUGGAGCUGUUUGUGUUCCUGUUUGCGCCGCUUAUCCAUCGGAUAAAGGUCUGUACCCGAGAGAAGGAAUCUAAACAUCCUUUUAAAACACUUCUGUAAAAGAAAAGUCUGAUUUUAGGAUCUGAUUUUGACUCUUCAUCAACAGGUAUCAAGAUUUUUGGUCAGUGGUAGUUUGGGGUUUUUAAGUUGCCAUGAUCUCGAAGGAGGAAUAAGGAGGCAUAAGAGGGAUAAGGAGGAACGAGGAGGGAUAAGGAAGCAUAGCAGGAAUGAGGAGGCAUAGGAGGGAUGAGGAGGCAUAGGUGGGAUGUGGAGGGAUGAGAAAGCAUAGGAGGGGGGGUGUAGGAGAAGGCAAAGGAGGGAUGAGGAUGGAUGAGGAGGUGUAGGAGGGAUAAGGAGGCAUAGGAGGUAUGAGGAGGAAUAGGAGGGAUGAGAAGGCAUAGGUGGGAUGAAGUGGAAUAGAAGGGAAGAGGAAGCAAAGAAGGGAUGAGGAGGGAUGAGGAAGCAUAGGAGGAUAAAGAGGGAUAGGUGAGAUUAGGAAGCAUAGGAAGAAUGAGGAGGCUUAGGAGGGAUGAGGAUCAAUGAGGAGGUGUAAGAGGGAUGAGGAGGAAUAGGAGGGAUGAGGAAGCAUAGGUGGGAUGAAGUGGAAUAGAAGGGAAGAGGAAGCAAAGAAGGGAUAAGGAGGCAUAGGGGUAUAGGGAGGCAUAGGAGGGAUGAGGAGGGAUGAGGAAGCAUAGGAGGAAUAAGGAGGGAUAGGUGGGAUUAGGAAGCAUAGGAAGGACGAGGAGGCUUAGGAGGGACGAGUAGGCAUAGGAGGGAUGAGGAUGGAUGAGGAGGUGUAAGAGGCAUGAGGAAGCAUAGGAGGGAUGUGGAGGAAUAGGAGGGAUGAGGAAGCAUAGGAGGGAUGAGGAGGCAUAGGAGGAAUGAGGAGGUGUUGGAGGGAUGAGGAAGCACGUUUCCAGAUUCUGUAGAUGAUCAGAUCCUGAACGUCUUUGAAACUGUUGAACUGUUCGCUCACACAGUCUCUCACUUUCGCCAUCUUAAGAGACUGGAAACGCCGUCGUCUGCCUCGUUGAUGUCACUGACCUGCUUUUUUUAACCACAGGAGUCCGACCUGACCUUCAGACUAGCCAGCGGUCUUGUGAUAUGGCAGCCCAUGUGGGAGCACCGCCAGCCCGACAUCCCCGCCUUCACCUCCCUCAUCAAACCCGUCAGGAACAUCGUUACAGGUGGGGAAAGACAAAUCCUCACCAACAGCCGUAUAGAUCUCCUCUAAAGGGUUAAUCUAUUUUUUGCUUGUUCCUAAUUGAGACGUGUAAUCCGCUACGCUUGUCUCAACAGCCAAGAGGAACUCCCCAGUCAACAACCAGUGCAGCCCCUGUGGAUCUAGCAACCCAGGUCCCACGGUGAGUGAGCGUUUUUAGCUCAGCUGUUGAUUGAACGUGCUCAGGCAGGAGUCUAAGGGCUUCUUCCCUUCCCCCCCUGCAGCAUCCCCUGAGGAUAGCUGCUCAUAUUCAUUAGCAUUUGUCAUCUGGGAGCGCUGGAGUGGUUAUCCAGGGUCAUGACAGAAACCUCACUCCAACCCUCACAGCCCUUAAUUAUCCAGGAUUGUCCGUCUGUUUGUUCAUCUACAGUAUCUGUCCAUCUCUCUCUGCCGCCCACAGGGCUUCCAGGUGGUCUGCGAAGCCGCCCAAUCCGAUUCCUCCUCCCCCUCGGCAGGGGAGCAGAGCUGUCGUCGUGGUAACUCGGUGGAGAAAGGUGGCCCUUCUCAGCAACCCUCGGCGGUGAAAGGGCCUUCCAAGAAAAAGUGAGCAAUGCUAAUCAAUUUAACCACACGAGGCGGCGAGGAUUGUCCAUGAGUGUGUCAUUGAUUUCACAUGUAGGGGUUUUAGCUUCACGCUAAUUAAAGCCAUUUGUUGGGCUGGAGGAGGAGAUGUCAUAGAUUGUGUAAACGCAGAAAGAACAUGCAAAACCCAUGAGACACUUUACAAUAACCAUAACUUAUAAAUGGUAAGCAGAUGGUUUUUUUAAAUGUUUAAUCAUUAUUUAUAAAGAGCAUAUAGACCAUUGAUAAAUUGUACAUUUUUCACUUAUAAAAACCUAACCCUAACCCUAAAGGUCCUUACACACCGGGAACGACGCAAAUAUACGACACGAAAUUACGAAAUAUUCGAAGGCGAAUUUCGACACGCCUGACUAUACACAUCAAGCGCAAUGUGAUUUUGCGACUCUCUGGGGGGAAAAAAAGACUGACACAACAGCAGACUGAGUGUUUUUCAGUUCUGAUUAGACUCUAGUGUUGAGAUGUCUGUCUGUCAUGAUAGCAUGUACUGAGUCGGGGCCAGUACCAGAUAAGAACAUUAAACUAUAAUCCAUAAAUGUAAGGUAACAACCGAGACCUAAUGGUGCUGUGACAGUGAAAAUACAUAUGGUAUGUUGAAUCUGAACAGGUUAGCUUACGAGCUAAAGUUACUUAGCACAGAUGAAAGUUAAAACAAAGACAUUUAGCAAACUGUUAAAACACACAAACCAUCGUCAUAUGAGAAAUCCGACGCUAUGACUCUCCACAAGUUGUCCUUCAGGUCGUUAUCUUUGUAAUAUUUGUUCUCCGACACGUGAACAAUCAGCUGGUCGGCCAUGUUGGAUAUACAACAACACGGUCGCAACAACACGAAAUGUGAUUGGUCAGAAGUGGACACACAGUAUGUGAAACUUUAGAAAAAUCGAUGCAAAAAAAUAAAUGCUGCAAUACCGCAGGACAGGAAAACGUCGCUGAUGUGAACGCUUGUAUUGACAGGAUACGGGUCCGAAAAAAAAUAUUGACGUCUGAAAUAAUCGCACGAAAAAAAACGCUCCCGGUGUGUAAGGAACUUAACCCUAACUUUACAAUAACCAUCUAAGUAAUGUUUAUAGGUGGUUUAAAAACUAAAUAUUAACCAUUUACAAAGUGUUACAGACACAUAUUUUAACCUAGAUGUUUAACAAUCAAUAUUUAAACCCUAUAUAAACCUUUUAAUAAAUAGUCCAUUGAUAAUUAACUCUUUAAUGCCUUUUGUAUCAUAUUUGAUACAUACUUCUAUCAAAUCAAUAUGAUCAACAAAUAACUAAAAAAACACCUGAAUACUGUCCGAUAAAUGAUAAAAAUGUCCACUGUGUUUUAUCAGUUUCCAAAAACAUCUAAUGUAUCAAACAAGAUAAAUAAAUAUAUAUAUUUGUUAAAUUUUAAGGACAUUUUGAUAUUUUUGGUUUUCAGUAGUCAGUGAAAUAAACAUUUCAGCUCCGAAAAAUUGAAUUUUCUGGCCAUAAUUUGUGGUUUCAGGCAUUAAAGGGUUAAUGGAAAUUACUAAUCAUAAUUUCAUUGCUUGUUAAUGAUAAAGUAACUAUUAACUUAUAUUAAUAAACCAUCUAUUUGUUAUUUAUAACUGGCCUAUAUGCUGUUUUUAAAUGAUUAAACAUUAAUAAACUAUCUAUUUACCAUCUCUAAAUUAUGGUUAUUGUAAAGUGUUACCAACUCUUUUCUUGCAGCAGUAACAGCUGAUUUUUUUUCCCAUCACCAUAUCUCAAGGGAGUAAAACCACGCCGUCAAACCAUAUUUUAAACAUCACUGUCGUUCACAAAAAUCAAAACAUGAUUUAACUCCGUCUCUGAAAGCUUGCUUUAAUGAAUAAUUUGUCCACCAUGUAUCCCAGAUGCUGCUGCAGCUUCGGUGCAGAACUUCACUGAUUUAUAAGUGACCCGCACUGACACCAAGCUGGUGCCAUCAUCUCGUUGAUGGCUAAACAUUCAUCCCUGCGGCGGCGUCUGUCCAAACACACUGCACAGCGCCGCUUUCUUGUCAAAGAGCCGGCGUAUACGAAUAACUCCUCCUUCCCCUGUGUAACAUUUCGCUCUGAGCACCGUCAACACACACAGACAUGGAUAGCCUCUUCUCGUACAUGAGCAUUAGAUCCAUGUGACGUUUGCCUGCAAAACAGGGUAAUUAUGCUGAAGUAAUGUGCUACAUGUCUGAUGCUGGCAGUGUCCCUGGCCUGGCAUGACACGGCGACGGUUCGGUUUGGUCUGCCCACAGCGAGUCUGCCGUUUUUGGACAUCGCUGCCAGGCUAAAGGCUCAAUCUGUGCUUGUUUUGGCAUCGAUGAGACAGCUCCGUCCAGUUUGGCUGGAGGCAAAUGUGGAGAUAGUUUUGAUACCAGUUUUACCUUUUCUGAUAAUGAGCAGUCAGUGGUUGUGUUGAACUCUGAGCAUCUGAUAUCAUUGUUGUAAAAUUAGAGGAUUUUACUGUUUUGGAUGUUUCAGACCCUUUUUCUCGAAUAGUAUCAUGAUGGUCGACUGAUAUUAAGAUCAUGACUUUUUAAAAUGACAUGAUUUCUGGACACUGAUUGUCUAAAUACCUGUGUUUUCCCCCACACUCUAUUCCCCACACUUGCUUUUCUUGAUGCAUCAACCUAAUGGGACCAAAUUCACAGUCUAACCUUAGACAUGACUACAGCUUGUUUUCACUGUCCAUCCAAGGGCUGUAAAGUCCUAGUUGACUGGUCAACUUUUUGGUCGAUACAUGCCAAAUUUCGGAUCGACUCAAUUUUUUUCCGGCGUCAAUUUACAGUCUCUCCAAGUCCUCUUUUUUUGUGCAGCUCCGUUUUAAAAGUUAUUAUAGGGUUCAUGUUUUCUAUGAUUGACACUUGAUUUGGGGGGUUUCAGGAAAUGAAGAAGAAUCGCUUUUUGGCUUCAAAUCAGUUUACUGGCAGAAAGCGGAACCAAGUUGUCCAUAGUAUAUACAAUCUAUGAGUCCGUCUCAGAACACCCCGCUUGUUUUUGCCAUUUUGGAUUCACCCAACCUACUAGAGACAGAAAGAUUGAAGAGUUAAUCAACGUCCGGUGGUUUGCUGAAUAUAAUAUUUGUGUUUAAUUGCCUUCUUGUGCUGAUAUUAGUAUAUUUUUUGAUUCGUCGAUAUUUGGUCGAAAAUUUCAGGGUUAUAGUCGACCAAGAAUUUAAAGCCCUAGUUAGUCUCCCUCAUUUUAUUUUCAUUCCCUAGAAGAUAAAUCUCAGCGUUCGGAAAAUAAGUCUCCACUUUUGCAUCCCGCACUUCCUAAGGCGGCUGAUUUCUGUCGUCAGGUUCAUCACAUGUAAUCUGUCAUCGCCCUGAAUCACCCACAAAGCGGGUGGGAGAAAUGUGAAUGUGGAAGAAAAGCACAGAGGAGGUCUGUGAGCCAUCCUAUUGCUCAUUACCCGUCACCGCUCGACUCGUUCUGACAACCAAACUAGUCACUCCAGUGCUUCUCCUCAUCCCUCUGACAGCUAGCAACCAACUGCAAGUCAAAAUAAGCCUGAAAUCUACCCCCCUUCCCCCCAAGCUGGCUAUAUUUUGAUACACUCCAGCACCAAAGGGGUUUUCGAGCAGUCACAUGGUUAUGCAGAAAAAAGGGAUAAGAGAUUUAUCCCUAUUGUUUCACUGCACACAUACGACAAUGAGGGAUUAAUUGCUCUCUUAUCUGGGAGGUUGUGUGGUAGAAAAGUGAGCAGAAUGUAAAUUAGAUUUGCAGGAUGAGAGUAUUUUUGACUUCCCAGGGGAUUUGGAGGACUUGAUUUUACGCUUAUAGAGAGAAAGAUGCAGAUGUAAACCCGACGACUGGUCUAAAAUUACUCUUUGAACAUGUUUUUAAUUUCUCAAAUAUUGUCGGAGGUCUUAUCCAAUCUCAUCUUUCUGCGCUGUGACACCCAGAUGAAACCAUUUCCAUCAUUCAGCUCCUCUGAUUAAUGCCGCUUACUCAUCCUGCAUCGCGAACGCCGCUGAUGCCUAUGCCGAUGCUGUUUCCAAGGCAACCGCUGGCUCCUUACCGCAUCCCCUCUCCUUACCGCAUGGAGUCGGGGGGCUGGGCCUUUCUUACCUCUCCUCUCCUCCGAGAGGCUCCGGGGCGGCUGUCGUCACUCGGUCUCUGUGGCAACCUGACACAACAGCAGCAGCAGCAGAAGCAGUGUGUGUGUGUGUGUGUGUGCACAGUGUGUGAGUGUCCAUGUGAGUGUGUGUGUGUUGGCUAGACAGUGAAACAUGAUACAGCCUCCCUCUGCUGUCCUCUCAAAGUGAUUCAUGUAGAUAUCGACCAUCUCUUCCUGCUCCAUUUAUUACGACAGCCAAGAUUAAAUGCCGUCCUCUCUGUUUCUUCCUCUCCCUCCCUCGCUCUCUCUCUACGUCUCUCUGUCUGUCCCUCUCCCUCACGGUAUCAAUAUGUCUCUCCUCCGCUCUGCCGCUCUCCAGCCGCUGACCUUCAUUCAGGCUUAUUUAUAGUGGACUCACGUAGGCUUAGGCUCCCUCUCUCCCUGCUCCUCUCUCCUGAUGAUGCUGGAGGGGGGCUCUGCCCUUGUUUACCAUCCUCCUUUGAUGCAUUAUUAAUGAAGCAGUGUGGCUGGAGUUGAUGACGGACUAAUAGGAUAGGAAAGGCCAUAGCAUAAUGUAAUUGUAUUUACAGCAGUUAGUUAUGUGGCAGUGCUGGAGAGACUUACCAAGCUCGUAUAUUUCACUUGGUCUUGGUACUACUGAAGAACUAGAGCACAUAUAGUAAAUAUUGAAAUUUGAACUGUGCGAUGUUUUGUCAAAAAAUGUCAAUUAGUGACAUCACAAAUUGUGAAUUAAUGGUGCGUUCAAGUUUCCUCGGAAGUCAGAUGGCGGAGCUGGGAAUGACGUCACACCUGAGUUACCAUCGUUUCAGUUACCAAGUCGGAAAAAAGCAAAAUCAGAGGUGGAAAUAAGAUGGCUACAUCUACAAAUGUUAUUUUAGCGCUUGCCUUGUCCGAAUAUAAGCAACUUCUGGACAAAUAUGCGGUGAUUGAAGAGGCAACAGCCUAUUGUUUCUGUUUAAGUAUUUCAUUGUUUACAAAAAGUAUUGAUCGUCGUUUGAUCGGUCAUCAGUUAAUAACGGGCCGGUGCUCUUAACAACUACAACCGCUCAUUUUGUCAAUUAUAAGUUGAAAUAAACAAAAAAACACCGUCUGAAACUACUAGGCUACGGUUAGCCGUUGUUAGCCACUGUUAGCACGGCUUUAUAGUUCACAUAUACACAUGAAAAAUGUAAAUGACACUAUGACAGCAUUUAAACAACAAAACAACAAUAAAUAGUGAAUAGUCAACUUACUGUUACAGUCGGCGCUGCCAUCUUUAAAAGUCAACUCGUGGGCUGUGCUGAUCAUCCCACUUUCCAUGUCGGAAAUCUGACCUCAACGUUUGUUCCAGUUGAAAGUUCUAUCUCAGAGCUCAUAAAUUCCUACCUCCAAACCAACUGGAACGCACCAUGAGUUAAAAGAGAAUAACAGACAAAGUACCUAAUGUGAUAAAACAUACAAUUGAACAGAAAUCGCUGCCAUUACGGAUGCAGUGGAAACUCAAGGUUGUCAGUCAUAUCUCAUGAAUUUGUCAUUUUACACAUAAAAACAUGAUUUUGUAGAUUGGCAACAGUGGAGGAGUCUACUAAAAACAAAAUAAUACCACCUUAUUAUUAUAAUAUCACCCCUCAGGACAUCAGCCCCUGCCGGUCUGCCGACCUCCCUCUCCCAAAGAGCGCGUUACGCCACAUACUUCGACGUGGCCGUCCUGCGAUGUCUGCUGCAGCCGCACUGGACAGAGGAGGGCGUGCACUGGGCCCUGAUGUACUACCUGCAGCGCCUGAGGCAGAUCCUGGAGGAAAGACCGGAGCGUGUCCCCGAACCCUUGGUCACGCCUUUACCACGGCCACGCAGCAGCUCCAUGGUGGCUGCCACGCCAUCACUCGUCAACACACACAAGACGCAGGUAAUGUGACGUCAUGAAAGAUGAUGAUGAUCAGGCUGCUGUUACCGUGACGUUAUGUUCACCCUCUGCUCUGUCUUGCAGGAUAUGAGCCUAAAAUGCAACGAGGAGGGAAAAUCUCUCAGCACAGAGACGUUUGCGAAGGUUUCUCUGACCAAUCUGCGGCGACAGGCGGUCCCUGACUUGGCCUCUGACCUGGGCAUGAACAUCUUCAAAAAGGUCAGUUGGGUCCCUGUCCGUGCUAACAUGCUGAGAUGUCAUUUUCAGCUCGAGGGAUUUGAAAACAACAGUUUGUUUAAGAGGCUCUUGUAUUCCAGUUUAAAAACCGCCGUGAGGACCGCGAGAGAAAAGGCUCCAUCCCUUUCCAUCACACCGGUAAGAAGCGUCAACGCCGUAUGGGUGUUCCUUUUCUGCUCCAUGAGGACCACCUGGACGUCUCACCAACACGCAGCACUUUUUCCUUUGGGAGCUUCUCCGGCCUGGGCGAUGAUCGGCGGGCUCUCGACCGUGGCGGCUGGCAGGCCACCAUCAUGGGUAAGCAGAAGGCCAAUCAUCAGUCUUUCUUUCCUCUCCUUCUCUGAAACCCACUUUUUUUAACUCCUUUCUAGGCAAAUUCACACGGAGAGGCAGCACAGACACGGCUGCAGACGCGGACAGCCUGAGUGCGAAACAUUCCCACUCCCAUCACUCUUUGCUCCGAGACAUGCCUGACCAUUCCAACAGCCACAGCGAUAACACCGUCAAAGAGGGUAAAGCCUUUGAAAGUUAUUCCAACCCAGAUAUUUUCAGUCUCUUUAGAAGUCAGAAGUGUGAUCCAACCCAUCUCUCCACUAACAGUCCGAUCCCAGAUCUCCACAAUCACCAUGGCCGCGUUCAACACCACCGUGGCGUCCUUCAACGUUGGUUACGCCGACUUCUUCACCGAGCACAUGAAGAAACUCUGCAACCCUAACACCGUCCCUGAGCUCCCUGUAGAGCCUCUGGCCUGCACCAACCUGCCACGCAGCUUCACCGACUCCUGCAUCAACUACUCCUGUCUGGAGGAGGGCGAGAACAUCGAGGGGACCAACAACUUUGUGCUGAAGAACGGCAUGCUGGACCUCACUGUGAGUUCUUGGCAUUCUGAUGUAAGCUACGGAAAAUCAACAGAUGAAUGUUUAUAGAUGAUUCCUACUUGUUGUAUUCCAGGCCGUCUUGCGAGCCCUUUACGCCGUCCUCAGCCACGACAUCAGCUCCAGGAUCUGCGACGUCGCCCUCAACAUCAUCGACUGCCUCCUGCAGCUGGGUGUGGUCCCUGGCAUGGGCAAGAAGCUGUCCAAGCAAGGGGACAAGGAGAACCAGGAGGCGCGCUCCAAAGACUCGUCCAGUCAAGGCCUCAUGGGAGGCGCCCAGGGAGGCGGGGCGGUUCCUGGAGCUGGAGCAGGCGGAGGGGGAGAUGGUGGCGGGGGCGGAGGAGGAGGGGGGAGCGGCGGCGGGAGCGGGCAGGGGAGCAAGGAUGAUGUGAAGAAUAACAAGGACAGUGAUAAAAAGGUGCGCUUCCACUGUUUCCUCACUUCCAAACUCAGCUCUGUCUGAUCUUUUCAAAAUAAAACUCUGUAUUUGUUUUGACUCGAAACAGGAAGAGGGUUCCAGCUUCAGCACACACCGCCUGGCUCUGACCAUGCUCAUAAAGAUCGUGAAGUCUUUAGGCUGCGCUUAUGGCUGCGGGGAGGGACACCGGGGUUUGUCCGGGGACCGCCUCAGGAUGCAGGUCAGACUCUUAUUCCGUCCCUAACUGAUCUCCUCUGCGUUGGUCCACUGUUCCCACAAAUCAGCACAGUCCCAGUGCCUAACACGCUACAUUCAUUCACUAUGAAAUAUUAACUGUAAUGCUCCGUCAGUGUGGUGAAAGUUGCAUGAGAGUGAAAUGAAUCCGAGUGGAGGGAAGCAGCAACAGAAGUAUUUCUCAAACAAUUAAAGGCACGGUUGACGAUCUGAGAUGCAGUUGAAAAAAACUGAGCCGUUGAGGCAGAUUUGAAAAAAGCGUCCCUGUAUCGCCCUCCCCACAACAUACCCCCUCUGGCAGAGCAAGAAGCCGGCCGCCAGAAGAUCCUACGCUAGCUUCAAAUAGGUUUCACCAUGUCGGAUUGUUAGUGACUAGCGGCAGUAAACACCAGCUCUGUUAGCGAGCGCCGUCUGCAGCUGCCUGGACAGCUACCAUGUUGACAUCGCAGAGACUAAUCAGAGUUAUUUAUGUAACAUGUGCCACGAUAAAAGGCGAUAAAAAUGAUCUGUUCAACAAAGGGCAAAGUCUUUGACUCCGCCCUUUCUUCUGUUGGCUUGCGUUUUCUUCCCACUUUUGGUGGUGGGGCAAGCAGAAGUGGGUUUUUUUUGCGUCCUUCUCCAUCACAGCUCCUGUAGCUAAGCUGGGAGGGCCGGGAGAGUGGGAGGGGAUGAGUCAGAACUAUGGGAAAGGGGUGUGUUGAAUAUAGCGAGAUGAUUUGAUGUAGAGGCGGAGCAGGAGAUUGACCAAUAGAAGCUGUCCGGGAUGGAUGGCUCCCAUUGGUCAAUGUUUUUGCAGCCCUGCACCUGCUAGGGUGAACGGAUUUUUUUUCUGUUGUUUUUUCUCUUCAUUUCGUGGAGAUCGCACUAUAGGAUUAUGAUCACCAUAGAAAUUAGUUUCAUAAUAAUUACCAAUCUCUACAAUGGUCAACCAUGCCUUUAAAUUGGGUUUGUGAUAUUUCUAUAAUUCACUUCAUUUCCUGACGUUUCCUCGUCCGUUCCUUCCUCUCAGGCCCAGAACUGCCUGACCAGCCUUUACAAGCUGGACAAGCUGCAGUUUCGACAGACAAUGCGCGAGUAUGUCAACAAAGACUCUCUCAAUAACAUUGUGGACUUCCUGCAUGCGCUGCUGGGCUUCUGCAUGGAGCCCAUCACUGACAGUAAGUAUGUGGCGCGCCUGCGAUUGGGACCGGAUGCAGAUCCAUCACAGUGUAGACACACAUAUGCACGCACAAUCAGGGUGAUUUAUUUAUUCAAUCUAUACCAACAUGCUCACAAUAGCAGUGCCCGAAUCUGUAAUGACAGCAUGUACAUCAAGCGUAGAAGAUGCUAACAUUUGCUAACUGCUGCAUUGCUGUUGUCAUAACCAAAUAGCUGCUGACAUUCCCCAUCACGCUAAGCUAAACUUUGUGUUGACUGCAAAUCGGCAAAUGUUAGCAAGCUAAUCAGAAUGAGUCAAAAUCAAUGAAUUUAAAGUCGUCAUACCUGCAAAUAUAUAUUUAUAUAUAUACUGUAGCAGUGUCAUUGUGUGCAUGUUCGCAUCAUGACGUUUUAGUUUGCUAAAUUAACCUCACCCACAUUUAGAAAACACACUCAAUAAGUCCAAAACCGAUUGAGUGAAACUGUCAGGACUCGAGCAACAAGGCCAUCUUGAUUCAAAACAGCCUCCACACUCCUGUUUCCAUGAAAACGACAACACCCAGGAGUGUGUUUGCAAAGCUGGGACCAAAUCUCAAACUCCAGCAUGGUCGACAAAGCUGAAUUGUACUAACGCUGUCUCACCCCGCACUUCGACUUUGCAUUCCAGCGCUAUCUCUGUUUAUAUAUCUGUUUCCCCUUUUCCUCCUCCCACUCGUCUCUGCUUGUCUUUGUCCCUUUUUCGUUGUCCUCCUCCUCCUCCUCCUCCUCCUCCUGCUUCCAUCCCUCCUCUUUUUUCACCAUCCUCUUUUAAUUGAGCUGAAUCCUACCUUCCUUACUCACUCAUCCAUUCCGUACACUUGCCAAUCCAGAGCUUUACCCAUUGCAUCUCUGCUCAAUCGGCGGCUUUAUUGCUGAGCAUUGAGACACAUCGUACAUGCCAAUUCAGUUUUGCGCUGAAAUCUAAACUGUUUACGACAAAGUGACGACAAUUACCCAGAAACGUUUGGCAAGUUACUGAACAGAUGAGUGUUUUUAAUCUGAAAGUGACCAGGGCACCUUGUUAAGUUAUGUGGUGUGUGUGUGUGUGUGUGUGUGUGUGUGUGCGUGCGUGUGUGUGUGUGUCUCAAGUUCACCUCUGUUGGGAGGUGGGGGUGCCCCGCCCUUUCUGACACCGCGUACAUGUCUGUGCUGGCCUGACUGUCAAUCAACUUGUGCCCCGCCUCUUUUCUCUUGCAGAGUACGGCAGUGCAGGUGAGAGGUCCAGGAGGGCGAAAAAAAGAAACAUCGGUAGAUACACAUGAUCAAUAAUCAAUCAAUAACAAUUUUAAGCUUUAAAAUGAGUAUUCUGACCUGAUUAGACCUUUCCCAAGGCACCGCUUCCAUCGCUGCACCCCUCACUCAAAACUCGCCUGCAACUUCAAAUUUAGGCCGAUCCAGAGCUCAUAUCUCCUGCCUAUAAAUCUAAGCGGACCGAGAGAAUAAGCCCCUUACCUUUUUGCUUUUAUAGCAGGCCUUAGUCACUUGCAUGUAUUCUUUAUCCCUUUCCCAGAACCCUUUUCAGUUGGCUUCUCCCCCAUUUGCUUUAUGGAUCCUUUUCCUUUGCCCCCUUUCCUCCCCCUCUUGUUGUUUGGGCUCACUGUUUUUAUAUCCAAGCCGGUCAGUUGUCAAUAAUGCUCUCUUCCCGCUGACUAAACCUCCCCCCUGUGUGAUCCGUGGUCUCUCCCGCCUCCCUGUUGCUUCCAGACAAGGCGGGUUUCGGCAACAACUUCACAACCGGAGACAACAAGUCGGUGGCGCAGAACAUGGAGGCGGUGGUGGUGGGCUGCAUGUUCAAGUCGCUCAUCACCCGCUGCGCCUCCACCACACACGAGCUGCACAGCCCGGAGAACCUGGUGAGUGGUGUGAGGAAUCAUUCGUCCAUCUGCCUCUGUGUUUGUUUUUCGUUUUCCCUGUAAGCCUCCGAGGCUUUGAUUCGGGCUGUGAUCCACGAAUCAGCUGCACUCCCAUUAGAGUCAGACUCUCUUCUUCCUCUUUGGAGGCAAUUGUAGUUUAAUAAUUAAAGACUCAUUUCCUACUGAGCCAGAAGAACAAUCAUUCACGCUGUCUUUGUUAAAGCCUCGUCAAACAGGAGGAGUUGGACUUUAUCUCGCUUUGUGAAUGAGCUAUUCCCACUUCUCUGCUUGAACUGAAAUUUCUCGCACCUUUUUGUUAUAAUUUUGUUAAAUUUUUUUAGGAAACAUCGCCUGAUCUUUAAAAAAGCAGGUUUGACUCUGUAUAGAUCUCAGAGUGUUACCUUGGAAGUCAGAUGUCCAAGCUUGGAAUGACGUCACACCCAAGUUCCCAGCGUUUCAGUUACCAAGUUGGAAAAAAAGCAAAAUCGGAGGCAAAAACAAGAUGGCUACAUCUAUGAAAGUUAUUUUAGCGCUUGCCUUGUCCGAAUAUAAGCAACCUCUGGACAAAAAUGCAGUCCUUCUGCAACAUCUUGUUUCCGCUGCCGAUUUCACUUUUUUCAUGACUUGGUAAAUGAAACGCCGGUAACUCGGGUGUGACGUCAAUCCGAGCUCAGACAUCUGACUUCCAAGGUAACUCAAACGCAGCAUUAGGUUUGCUGUUUAAGACGGUCUCAUCUCUUUUCUAGUCCAGAAUACGUGCAAACCACCAAGAGAUGCAGCUGUGCAUGUUUACAUCCAGAUAGUUGAGCGUCACUUGAUUGCCAUAGCAACUUUAAACUUAAGCUGCAGAGGGUGCACUUAAACUAACGCUGCGUUCCAGUUACCUCGGAAGUCGGAUGACGACUACAUGACGUAACAUUGAGUUGAUGGUGUUCCAGUUCAUAAGUCGGAAAACUAAGAUGGACGCCUACAGUUGUUAGCUGUUGUUUACGAUUGUCAGCGGUUGUUAGCCAUUGUCAGUGGUUGUCAUUUGUUGUUAGUUGUUAUUAGUGGUUGUCAGCGGUUGUUUGUUGUUAGCCGUUGUCAGUGGUUGUUUGUUGUUAGCCGUUGUCAGUGGUUGUUUGUUCUUGUUAGCGGUUCUUAUUUAUUGUUAGCAGUUGUUAGUUGUCGUUAGCCAUUGUAUGGGGUUGUUUCUUGUUGUUAUUAGGGUUGUUAGUUGUUUUUAGCGGUUGUCAGCGGUUGUUUGUUCUUGUUAGCUGUUCUUAUUUGUUGUUAGCAGUUGCUAGUUGUUGUUUGCCAUUGUCAGUGGUUGUUAGUGGUUGUUGUUAGCGGUUGUUAGUUGUUAUUAGUGGUUGUCAGCGGUUGUUUGUUGUUAUUAGCGGUUGUCAGCGGUUGUUUGUUUUUAGCCAUUGUCAGUGGUUGUUUGUUGUUGUUAGCGGUUCUUUUUUGUUGUCAGCCAUUGUCAGCUGUUGUUAGCAGUUAUCAGUUGCUGUUAGCCGUUGUCAGCUGUUGUUAGCUAUACCAGUUGUAAACAACAUAUAUCACAGUAUUUUACUCUUUCAAACACUAUAGCACUGUGUUCACAUUUAGACGUUGGGCAGUACAACAUAAACCACUUAUUUAAUUUCUCAAAGACAAAACAGAUGCGCUAAUAAAUAAUACACUACGAGAACUUUCACUGUUACUCUUUACUGUCUUCCGAGUACAACUGGAACACAGCAUUGUUUACAUCCAGGUAGUAGAGCAUCACUUGGUUGCCAUAGCAACUUUAAACCUCAGCUGCAGUGGCCAGAGUCUGUGCUUUAACUUAGACACAUCCUAUGAUUAUUUUGGCCUUUGGUGCUUGCUUGUUUACAUCCUAUCUGUAUCAGAAAGCCUUUCUAUGAUAACACGUGUUGUUAUGUUGGUUAACUAAAUAGCCUAAAUCACAGCUGAGUGUGGUCUCCAGUUGAUUUAUCACACACAAGCACUGGCAUAAGCGAGCGAGUGAAGUGUAUAAAAGCUCUGAUUUCAGUUUCCAGUUUGUAAAUGGAGCACUCGGUAUAAAAAUACUCCUUAAAUCUCUGACAAACUUAUAAAACGGUAAAUGCACUCAUAUAUCUUCUGUGUAGAUCACUCCUCACAGGACUUCUGACCGCUCUGUUGUGCUCGAACGCCUCAAAGCUGGCAUGACUUGUGUUCGUUGGCGGAAGAUGACACAAUUUUCAAGGCAGGCUUUGUUAUGGCACCGAAUCAGAGGCCACCCACUCACAAGCUGGAGCUGGAUCCCUCACAAACACGAGCUCAUAAACACGCCACCCGCUUCUGCAUCAGCAAACAUACACGCUGUUUAAGUUUGAAGUGAGAUCAGCCCCGAUUCCACGUUCCUAGCGGUCGGUUUUGUGAUGACGUUUCCCUCUUGGCUCACGCUUCCUUCGCUCUCACUUUGUUUGCCGCCCUCUUAUUUCUCAGGGUCUGUACUGUGACAUCCGCCAGCUGGUGCAGUUCAUUAAGGAGGCCCAUGGAAACGUGUUCCGCCGGGUGGCUCUGAGCGCUCUCCUGGACAGCGCCGAGAAGGUCACAACCACCAAGAAACCCGAGGAGAAGGAAGAGACCAAACAACCCGGACCUAGGAGGUACUGGCCAAUCAGUGGCCAGAAAUGGUCUUAAUAACAGUUUGUUCUAUCCAAACACAAACCAGGAACUAAGAGAAAUCUGUGUCGACAAAUCAGAGCUCUGCUUAUCAUCACUGCUCGCUGUUUUUUAUUUUUCUAUGUUUUUUUUUCGUAUGUCCCGUCUGCAUCUGUUCUUCUUGCUUGAGCGACUGAUUCGAUGUUAUUUUUAAAUGAUGUGGCUUUGGCACACCGAGCAGCCCUGCAGGACACAGCACUGUGCUCUUGUUGACCGGGGUGACUGUUUGAAUUAAGGGUACCCUGUUAGAGACGCUUAAAGGCACAGUGGGUUAUUAAAUCCAUUCCUAAAAUUGGAUUUAAACCCAAAGCAUCAACUUGAUAUCAUAGAUGUUGAAGCAUUGCAGUUAUUAGAGAGAUAUUGUUUAAAAAAAGGAGGGUAUUUUCAGAAAAACUGCAAGAAUUUCUGAAAAUAACAGUGGAUAAAAAUAAAAAAUAACCAUGCAAAUUCUCUAAAGUUACAUUAAAAACAUGAAAAAUAUCAUAAUGAUAAAAAAAAAAGAUUGGAUGGUUUGCAAAAGUUAAAAAGACGUGCAGGUGUACAGAAAAAAGUUGCUCUCCGCUCCCUAAAACUGUUGAUAUAGAUAGAAAGCUCUGGGUGUUACCACAGACUGUAUAUAAAAUGGACACUGUCCAAGCCACUGUGAGAACAGCACCCUCUGGUGACGGGCUACAGUAUAGGUCAUAAAUCUCACCUCCUCGAGCAAUCCCUAUGGAGCUGUGGAUAAACUUUAUAAACUUAUUACACAGAAUAUACAUUUUUCUCCCCCUUGUUGCGAUGUUGACAUGUAGUUACUGUAAGACUGGUUUGUGCUCAAGUCCUCUUUAUUCUGUGCAGCUCCAUUUUUAAAAGUUAUUAGUGGGUUUAUAGUUUCUAUGAUUGACACUUGAUACAGCCUAUGGGCGUACGAAGAUUGAGUAGCUCACCCGGGGGAUACGCUGUUUUAGCCGAGCGUCAUCACAGCGACUCUCAGCAACUCUCCCACCAAAUGUGUACAAAACUACUGCGCAAGUAGUGAAGUGCGUACAAUGCUGCUGCGCAAGUACACUACUGCGCAAGUGGUGGAGUGCAUACAAUGCCACUGCACAACCACGGCUACUGCGCAAGUAGUAGCGUGGGUACAGCCCUACUGCCCAAGCAUGCCACUGCGCAAGUGGUGAAGUGCGCACAACACUAUGCCUGAGUACGCUACUGUGCAAGUAGCAGAGUGCAUACAAUGCCACUGCGCAAGUACGGCUACUACACAGGUGGUGUAUUGCGAAAAACAGUAAUGUGCAAGUAUGGCUACUGCGCAAGUAGUAGAGUGCAUACAACACCACUGCGCAAGUAUGGCUACUGUGCAAGUGUGCUACUGCGCAAGUGGUGGUUCCAGAAAGUAUAGAAAAUCCUUGAAAUACUGAGAGCAAUUUGGCUUUAAAUUCGUAUAACGAUGGAAGGCGGAUCCAAGUUGUCCAUAGUAUAUACAAUCUAUGGGUGUUACUUUUUACACAUCUUUGUAUUCACAAACGUUCCUAGACUGACUGAAAUCAAUGAAGUUAUAAGCUUAGUGAAAAAGCAGAGCAGUGUAACUGACAGGACUGAGUGUUAUUGCUUCAAAAGAGCUGCCUGAGCGCCCUGUCUGUGUGUAUUUGUGUGUAUUUGUGUGUGUCUGUGUGUGAGCGCAGGUCAGAGGCGGGUGUGUCCGGGGAGAAGGGUCAGGUGUCCAGUGCUGCAGAUGAGUGUCGCAGCUACAUCUCAAGCAGACCCCCCCAGACCCCCGAACAGUGAGUGUCCACCUCAUAUAGCACCAUGUAUGUCCAGUCCAGCGUCCAUUUGUGUGUCCAGAGAGAGGGGGAAAGAAAAAACUGCUUCUCCUGUCCGUAUGAAAAGAUUUAGUUCAAGAUGAAUCCCGUCACUCUGUCUUGGUUUCUAGUGAUGAACAGAUCCCCGGGGCUCUCCUGGGCAGGAAGGACUUUUGGAGGAAGAUGUUCAAAUCCCAGAGCGCCGCCAGCGACACCAGCAGCCAAUCCGAGCAGGACACUUCAGAGUGCACCACCGCCCACUCCGGCACCACCACCGACCGACGCUCCCGCUCCAGAUCCCGUCGAAUUUCGCUCCGCAAGAAACUGAAGCUGCCGAUCGGUGAGAAAGAUAAUAAAUCGUUCAUAUCUUACACAAAUCUGUAUUUCCACGAUCAUAUCUCUGCAUUUUCAGACUCCGUUGUCUCUUAACAUGCUGUGUUUUGUACGAAUGUCAUCGAAGUCCGAGUCACGUCAUCUCUUGGGUCUGCUCUGUGUUCCCUUUUAACGCCUCAGCAUACCGUCGGACUUCUCGCCAUCCGCUCACUCUCUCUGUCUUACGUAUGUGGAUGUGAAAUCAUCUUCAUACCGUAUCUACUUGUUUGUGUUGGACGUUCCUCCUCAUGUGCACGAUUCCUGUAUCGUCCUUCUUUCCUUUUUUGAGUUUAGACACCCUGAACCCUUUUCCCCUCAAAAACCCCCUUGUGUGUGUGUGCGCCUUCAAUACAUCCACAUCUCCGUGCUGGUGAUCCGUGUAAGUUUUCUUGAAUUUACGUCUCCAGGAAACUGGCUGAAGCGCUCUUCUCUCUCUGGACUGACUGACGGCGUCGAGGACUUGCUGGAUAUCAGCUCUGUGGAUCGACUCUCCUUCAUACGUCAGAGUUCAAAGGUCAGGAGGACGAACAGAAAACAUGUUAAUUUAGCAUCAGGACUCUUCUACUUCUGAGCCAUACUGUUGUCAUAAAAGCAGUGUGUAGUUGGGUUAACUAAAUUAAGCUAAGCUAACUAAAGAGGGAAGACGGUGUAAAUCAGCGUUUAAGGUUUUUUAUUCACAAAAAGUUAAGAGUCUCUUUGUGUUAAUGAUAUUUUUAUUUAAAUUAAAGAGUCCAAAUAAGGUAAAUAAUCACUCUCAUAUCAUUCUCAUUAUUGUGAGACUAUCCCAUCUAUAUGAGUGUGUUUUCAUUUAUUAUUGUUAUUAUCUUACAGAUCUAUUUAUUUUGUUUCAUUAUAAUUAUUACUGUUUUUUUAUUAUUACUAUUAUUAAAUCAUCUACCUAACUUUUUAUUUUUACUACAUUAAUAAAUAAAUACAUAAAUAUAUUUUUAUAUAUUUAUCAUUUUAAUUAUUAUUAAACAUAGAUGUUUAUAUGUGUGUAUGUAGAUAUGUAUGUUUAUAUACAUAUACAGUAUAUGUUUAUAUAUAUAUAUGUGUGUGUGUGUGUGUAUAUAUAUGUAUAUAUUUAUGUAAACAUAUAUGUAAAAUAAAAUUAAUAAUAAUAAUAAUAAUAAGAAUAAAUAAUUAUUCAUAUAUAUAUAUAUAUAUAAUACAAAUAAAAAGUUAGGUAGAUGAUUUAAUAUUAAUAAUGAAAAACAGUUGUAAUGAUAAUGAAAUAAAAUUAUUGGAUCUGUAAGAUAACAAUAAUAAAUGAAAACACACUCAUAUAGAUAGGACAGUCUAACAAUAACAAUAAUAAUAAUCUCCUUGUGUCGCAGGUGAAGUUCACUAGUGCGGUGAAGCUGUCCGAAGGGGGCGCAGCGGGGCCGGAGUACGGCAGGGACGAGGAGGAGAAUUUCUUCAAGCGGCUCGGUAAAUGGAGGUCUGGCAGGAGGAAUCCAUCCAAGCUUCACCACACAGAAGAGAAAGAUGGUAGACCUCCCCCACCCUGGGGUGUCCCCCCUUGCCCUCCCACGCCCCAUCGUCCUGUGUCACCUUCUCUCUCUCUCUCCCCCCGCCUCUGUUUGUCCGUGUGGUGUCGUGUCUUGUCUCGCAUCGCAGUUUCGUGGCCUGUUCUCUCUCCGUCCGCCAUAAUCCAUGUCCUGGCUCUGUCCGAUAGCUGCCUGCUACACUCUGUGAUCCUAAAUGUUGUUUUUCAACCCAUUAGUGUCUGGUUUGUGAAAAAAAAAUCUAAUUUCAAAUUCAAGGAAGUUAGGCAAAGAUAUAGAGCUAGCACAAGUCUAAAGAUUAAUAUUGAAGUGAUUACUUUUUAUUGGCUGGCUAGCUAGAAAAAAUUAGGUCAGUGGUUCUCAACUGGUCUCACUGUGGGAUCCACAUUUUCUCAUGGUCCUUAAGUCGCAACCCACUUUUAUAAAAUUCAAACCAAGCAAAUUUAGUGCAUUUCAGAGCACAAAAACUGAGGACGACAACUACUGAAGUUGCAUAAACAGGGAAUAUCAAAUUGCACAAAAUGGAGACCAGCAAAAUGAAAAAAUGAUUUAUUUGCAUGGACAAAAGUGAAUAAAUAUUAAAUUAUACAAAAUAAAGAUUAAAAAAACAUGUAUUUUUACUGCAUUCAGACCACAUUAAUAAGAAACCGAGGAGGACCACGAAAAAUAAGUUAUUUUUCAAAAUAAAAGACACGUCAAACAUCAGAUACACAUUAAAUAUUUACAUUUUUGACCAGCUGUUCGCGACCCAUCCAGAACGUGUCAGCGACCCACCUUUGGAUUGGGACCCACCAGUUGAGAACCACUGACUUUGAGGGUUUAUUGGAGCCCCUGACUCUCUUUUUGGUCACUCCGGCCCUACAGGACUGGACUUAAAAGUACUUUUUUAUGUUAUUUUAGCUAAUAUUGUUAAAAAGUUAAAAAAUACAGUAUUUAAUAGACUUUGGGGGGGUUAGGGUGCCCACAGCUCUCUCUGUAGCCCAUGGCCCUCCAAUAGUUAACUCCGGCCCUGCCACUUUAAACAAAUAGAGACAUAAAUGCAGCAUCUUUUCACUGAUUUCUUGAACGUUUGUAAGUCUACAUAGGCCAGACACUCGGAUGUGUUGAACAUGUCUUCACCGGACAAAGACUCGGGUCAGAAACGACUUGAGAUUUUGUGUUUUUUUUUGUCCCUCCUUAAACGACCCUUCGUCAUGAUUUAAAAUCAUGCUUUUUAUACAAAAAAGAAAAAGCAGAUUUUGACAUUACACUCUUCCUCCUGUGUAACUCUGUGUUGUUGUUCCACAUCUCCUCCUGUCCAACUGUGCACGCCCCGUUCUCCUCAACAACAAACCCCCCCUUCCUUCUUUCUUCCCCCUCACUGGUGGAAAGGAAGGAAAGGAGGCGUGUGGGACUCUGUCACAUCUAUGAGACCAUCUUUCUACCGCAGAGCAGGUUUCUGUGCUACAUGUGAAGCAUGACGCUGUGGGUGCUCUCUCCGUCUCUUCUGUGGUGACGUCUGGUGGUAAUUUCCGAUGCCUGACAUUUGGUGAAAACAGAAUGGUCCACAUACAGCUUACUUCUUCUGUGCGGCUGCGGUUACACUUGGCGAAUAAAUCUGCUUAUUUUGAAGACGUGAUCCUCACAUCAGAGGUCAAACGGUGAAUUCAAAUCCAAGUGUAACCCCUGCUGAUGGCUGUGUGUUCAUCUCACACUCAGCUUCAUUUGUCGGUGGCUUUUUCGUGAAACGUCCUGGAUGGUGGUGUCAAACUUUACAAACUACGCCUCUCAGAUCUGCUCUUCACUCCUCCUGUUAUACCCUUCCUCUUUCCUCUUCCGUCUGCGUCCGUAUUCUUCUCUUCAGGACCUCACGGCUUCCAGGAGCGACUCGCUGCCAGCCAGGAAGCCAUGAAGAACAAGAACGUGGUGAAUCUGGGCGCCAUCCGCCAGGGUAUGAAACGCUUCCAGUUUCUGCUGAACUGCUGCGAGCCUGGAACCAUACCGGACGCCUCCAUCCUCGCUGCCGCUCUGGACUUGGUACCUUUUUACAAAAAUCCACCUCUUAUGUAUUUCACUCCUCAAAAAAUCCCUUUUUAACACGACCUCUCUUCUUCACGGUUUGUUAGGAAGCUCCAGUUGUAGCCAGAGCGUCCCUUUUCCUCGAAUGUGCCCGCUUCGUCCACCGUUGUAACCGUGGAAACUGGCCAGAGUGGAUGAAAGGCCACCAUGUAAAUAUCACCAAGAAGGGCUUGUCCAGAGGGCGCUCUCCGAUCGUGGGCAACAAACGAAACCAGAAACUGCAGUGGAACGCCGCCAAACACUUCUGCCAGUGGGGAGACGUGAGUUUAACCUUUCUCUAAAGCAUCUCGUUGACUUUAAACUCCCUCAUUUGUCAAAUUUAAUCUUCAUAUAUGUUUUUAUCGACUCAGGCGAUCGGCACGAGGCUCAGCGAGCUCUGUCACUCAGACAGCGAGAGCCCGGCAAACAUCCUGGGUUACAUUUUUGAUGAAGAGACCAAACGCAGGAUGAGAAAAGAAGACGAGGAAGAGGAUUAUUUAGACGACAGUGAGUCAGAAAAAUGAUCAGUGUUAAUCAAUCAAACUUUAUUUAACUUGCCACAGAUGACUGAGGAAACUUUAUCUUGAGUUAGAAAAGAUGAGGAAACACUGGAUCUGGGACUAAAACAAUAAAACCAUGAUAAAAUAUGAUAGAGGUGAUAAAACGUUUAAAGUUAAUUAAAUAAAAGUCUUAAAAUCAAACAAUUAAAGAAAGUACAUUUGAAAAAAUAGAGUUAAUGAAACACAAAAUAAUUACUUUAGGACUAAAAUAGCGUAAAAUCACAUAAUGCAGAUUAAAAGAUUAAAACAAAAUUCAGCUAAAAGCCAGACUAAAAAGGUAGGUCUUUAGUUUACUUUUAAAAAUAUGAACAGUAGGUGUCGCUCUCAGGUCUGCAGGUAGACUGUUCCACAGAUGGGGACUAUAAACAAGACCACCACCUGAAGACCUGAGGGCUCUACUAGAUUCAUACUGUUAAAGCAAAUGCGACCAAUAAGAAGGACCAAGAGCAUUAAGAGCUUUAAAAACUGAUAAAAGAACCUUAUAAUCGACUCUAAAAGACACAGGUAACCAAUGCAGAGAUUAAAGCUCCUGUCAGGAGUUUUUUGGACGUUCUCUAAACUAAACUUUUGUAUCAGCUAAUAAAAACAGAAAUCAAGUUGUUGCUGUUUUGAAAAAUUGAAAUGUUUUUUUUUUUCAAUAUAACCCCUUAUUCAAUUUUUUUUUCAAGGUAAUGUUGGAAGGAAGUUUUUAUUUAUUUACUUAUUUAUUUAUUUAUUUAGAUUAAAUGAUGUGAAACAGAACAUGACAGGUGAGGGACAACAAACUAACAAACACUUUUAUUUUUUACUUCUCAAAUCACAGACACGGUCAAUCCUACAAAGUGCGGCUGCCCCUUCGCUCUAAAGAUGGCCGCCUGCCAGCUGCUGCUCGAGAUCACCACUUUCCUGAGAGAGACGUUUCCCUGCUUACCUCGCCCGCGCACUGAACCGCUGGUGGUUAGUAGAAAAAUCUUUAGAGUAAAGGAUGUAAAGUGAUCAGAAAAAUGUUUGGAUAUCAAAUAAGUGUUGUGUUCUCGCUGUAGGAUCUGGACAGCGCCCGCUUACGUCUCGACCCCGAGCUUGGUCGCCAUCGCUACGAGAGGAAGAUCAGCUUCGCCGGGAUUCUCGACGACGAGGACGGACACGAUUCGCUCAACAGCAGCAGCCACACGCUGAAAUCCGACACCACCGGAGAGGACAAGAAACCCCAGGAGGUUCAAGGUGAGAUCAGGUUCACAUCCAGACCUGAAUAUUUACGCUGAUCUCCACGCCGCCUGGUUAUAAUUUUAAAUAAAUUAGACGACCUCGCGCCUCUUCCCUCCUCUCCAGCGCCCAUACGAAAGAUUCGAAUCGGAGGCUCCCGGCUGCUUCAGAUCAAAGGGGCGAGAAGUUUUCGGGUGAAGAAAGGCGGAUCUCUGUCCUCCAUACGGCGGGCCGGGAGUUUGAAGAGCACCAAGAUGUCCCGGCAGGACUCUGAGUCUGAGAACGAAGAGGGGCUGCUGUCUCAGACGCAGAGCAGGGACACUGUCACUGAUAUAGGUAGGACAGAGACACUCUGUCACAGCAGAAAAAUGACGAAAAAUCCGAUCUUUGACACUAAAUAUGUGUUUUUAACUCUUUUCCUGGGUGUGUUUUCUCUGUGACAGGCAGCCCCUUCAGCACCAGUGAGCCCAGCAUCGAACCAGAGGGCCAGGGCUCAGGAGGAGCAGAGGACAACUACCAUCGCAACAUGUCCUGGCUGCACGUACGUCCUUGAAAAUCGUCUUAAAUAAAACUCUUAAAGGGAUAUUCCGGCGUAAAAUAAAGUUAAGGUCAAACACACCUUAACACCGAGCUGAACUUAAUUUUAUGCCGGAAUAUCCCUUUAACUUCACAAACUGAUCCUAACCUGAUUCUGCAUCUUGUCUUUUUGCAGAUUAUGAUCCUCCUCUGCAACCAGCAGAGUUUCAUCUGCACCCACAUCGACUUCUGUCACCCGCGCUGCUAUCAGCACCACAGCCGCUCCUGCGCCCGCCUGGUCCGCGCCAUCAAGCUGGUUUACGGGGAGACGGUGGACAGCCUGAGAGAGGACAGCGCCUCCUCUGGAAACAUCGGGGCACGAGCCAAGAAGAGUAAAGAGGUUUGUUUUUAAGGAGUUUUGAUCGAGUUUUGAUCGAGUUUGCUGUUCCUGUGGUGGUUUUUGAACUUCUUUGUGGGUUUAGUGUUCGGAUAAGUCUUGCCUGAGGACGCCGUCGAUGAAGAGAAGACCCACCGACUCGAACACAGAAGGAAAGAAGGACACAGGCAUGCUGAAGUACAUAAGAAACCAGGUGACGGAGUUUUAACAUUUUUGGUCUUUCUCAUUAUAAAUCAUGACUUUGUUGGAUUUUCUGACAUUUUUAUCUCCAUCAGGUGAUGAGUUUGUCUCCGGCUCCUCUCUCGCUGCUGAUCAAAGCUGCUCCCAUCCUGACAGACGACAUGUACGGAGACAUCCAGCCCGCGGCGUGGGAGCUCCUGCUCAGCGUGGACGAACACAUGGCGGCAGCUGCUGGUGAGUCCAACAUCAGCCUGGACAUCAGCGCUCUGAGUCACUGAAGACUCUUCUUCGCUCCGGGGUUAAUUCUCCUCUUACAUGAUUGAACUUCCUCCUUCCUGUCCUUUCCCUCCAGCUGCCAUGUUCCUCCUGUGCGCCGUAAAGGUCCCCGACGCAGUGACCGAAAUGAUGAUGGCUGAGUUCCAUCACCAGGAGGCCUGCCAACGCAUCAACUCCAUCCUCAAGUUUUACACGCUGUGGCGUUUCCGCUACCAGGUUUGGCCUCGCAUGGAGGAAGGAGCCCAACAGAUCUUCAAGGUACAGCUUGAUGAAUAACCAUCCUUUGGAGUUGUUAGCCUAUCCCUGUCACAAACUCAAGGCCUCUUAAUUCCAUCUUUGUUCGUGUUUCAGAUCCCUCCGCCCAGCAUCAACUUCACCCUGCCGUCUCCCAUCCUCGGCAUGCCCUGUGUCCCCAUUUUCGACCCUCCCUGGGUGCCCCAGAACACAGGCAGCGUCCAGGAUCCGAUCAAUGAAGACCAGUCUGUAAGUACGCACCGGACUGCCAGAUAUGUGGAUACUUCAAAAUAUGAUUUCCUCUUCCGUUAAAGAGACAUUUAUCUUUAUUUGGUAUUAAUACACAAUCUCUUAGAGUGAAGUUGUUAAUGUAAAUGAAUUUGAAACACAAAGAAACUUUAAAAUUUAUCUACAGGUGGAUGAUUUUAUACAGCGUUUUGACUGAAAUAAAAGAAAUAUACAUGAAAAAAUUAGGUCAAAUAGUUGAACUGUCCCGUUUUGGUUUUUGUCAUCCCCUGUGGGAAAAAAAUAAUUUUACUUAAAGACCCACUCCGAUGAAAAUCAUGUUUUUCUUGAUGUCUACAUGUUUCUUAUAUUCAUAUUUCUAAUGCUACAGGAGAUAUUACGAGAAAAAUAAGUGCGAAAUUGCAUUUCUGAGUAUUCAAAUCGCUGUAAAUCUCUGGCAGAUGCAAACAGCAGGUUCAGAUACAGUGAGAUUUCCUAUGUCACAAAUCCAAGCUCCGCCCCCAGACUCGGAAAAGUAGAGAGGACAAUCGCAAGCGUGUGCGUUAGCAUAAGAAAGCUAAUUAUGAUAUUAACUUUCAUCAUGUCCUGAAAGACAUUGAUGUCUGAGAGCUGAGUAGCUCCUAUGUUACCAGUCACUUCUACAUCAUCGGCAAUGUUAGGCUACAAGCUAGCGUGAAGACAAGGAUGCAGAGCAGCGCUGUCUCCGCCCACGACUCAGAGGCGAAUUGCUGAUAAGCUAAUGGAGCUCUGCCCUUAAAAAUGUCACAGGUAACAUGAUUUUGGCAAAAAACAUCAUAAUAACAAUUUAAAGAUCACCGAUAACAAAAAAAAAAAAUGAUCGGAGUGGGAUUUUAAGUUAUCUUAAAGCUUAUAUUGUGUCUUUGGACAAAUCAAAAAUCUCAUAAUAAUUCAAGUUUGAUUGUAAAAUUGAUCAUUAAUGAACUUAAUUUAUGUUAAAAUUUCACCUACCCUCUCACACCUGUUCCAGGCAUUGAAAACUAUCUAUAUAUAUCAUAUAUAUGUAUUUUGUAUAAAUAUAUAAAUUUAAAUCCAUCUAAUACAGUCUAAAAACUCCUCACAGAUCACGUCUUAAAAACUUGUUUUUGUGAUUUCUUGAAACAAACUCAUCCUAAAAUUAGUUGAACUAGCCCUUUAAUAAUGUUAAUUUGUGGGAUUUUCAUUUAAAACCUAAAACAGAUUAGUGGACUUCAAACUAUUGUUGACGAACAUUUGGUAACACUUUACUUGGCUCCUAUCUCUAUAACACAUUAUAAAUAUAUGUAUAAUACGUUAUAAUCACAUUAUAGCACCGUAUAAGUGUAGUUAUAAACACUCAUAAAUGAUCAUAAUGCUUUAUAGCAAUUAUAAUAACACAUUAUUUUAUCAUGACUUAUAAUGUGUUAUAACUAUAAUAAUGAAUAAUACAUAUCUUUAUGAUGUGUUGUAAUUUGCUUAUAAACUUGUAUAACUUUCAUUAUAAACACUCAAUAAUUAUCAUAAGGCUUUAUAACAAUGAGUAUAACACAUUAUAAUACCUGACCUUUUAAGUCAUGAUAAAAUGUUUUAUAAUGUGUUAUGAUUAUUGCUAUAAAACAUUAUGAUCAUUUGAGUGUUUAUAACUAUAGUUAUACAAUGCUAUAACCUGAUUAAAACGAAUUAUACAUAUAUUUAUGAUGCGAUAUAGAGUUCAGUGUUACCGAACAUUUACUACUGUUGAUCAAACUGUCUCUUCCAGUGAAGCAGAGGUUAAACUUACACAUGUCCACAGUGUUUUAUAGCAGUGACUCAGAUUUCUUGAUGUAUUUCUUUCUACUUUGUUGCAUGCAUGAUGACCAAAAUGUGUUGAACAGACUUCUGCGAGCACCUGUUCUAUAAUUUACCUAUCGACUGUCUUUGUUUUUAGUACUCCACAUUAAUUCAGUCAGUCCAUACCAUAGUAAGUUGGUAUUUCUGUCCGGAUGUUUGUGCUGAUGCAUCUUGUUACCUCAGAUCAUUCAAAAAAAACAGGAGAGGACUCUUUUCUCCAUUAGGUUUUGGGAGGUGUAGGUUUUCAUCUUGGAUCAGAGGCUGGGAGACAAGGGAGGGGGGGAGUUCUCAUGGGUCAUUUCUGAUAGUUGCAUCUUGAUCAGUGAUACACCCCCACUGGAAAGAGCACACCCCCGAUAACAGCAUGCAUCAGACAUUCAGACAUGUUGUGUGUGUUGUGCCGUUGAUGCAUGGUCAUUGGAUGAGGAUGACUUUGCCGUGUAUGUUUAUUUAUUUUUUGUUUCUUAACCCACAUCAUGCCUAUUUGGAAAUGUACGUGUAUGAGCAUUUGUGCGAAUGCUGUGAGGCAUUUACUGUACACAAGAUACAGUAAAGUCUCCUGAAUCCAGUCUGAACACAUUUAUUUGUGUCAUAAUUCGUCUGAGCUGAAAUAUUCCCCCCACGAUUACGAUGCUCGUUUUUGGCAUUAAAGCAUGAGAUUAAAUGUGCUGGAGGAGAGUUACUGUAUUGGUGUGUUGUCCGGUCACUCGACAUUAACAAGCUUGUUAGAUAGAAAAGCUCUGCACACACAGAGGAGAACGUUUCCCUUGUUUUGAAUCUCCUUAUAAUAAGAAAUACAACCACUUAAUUACAACUUCAGACCUCCUUUUGUUCUCCCCCAGAAAUCCUUCUCCGCCCGCGCCGUGUCUCGCUCCCACCAGCGGGCCGAGCACAUCCUGAAGAACCUGCAGCAGGAGGAGGAGAAGCGGCGUCUGGGUCGCGAGGCGAGCAUCAUCACCGCCAUCCCUGUGGCUCAGGAGGCGUGCUACGAGCCCACCUGCAGUCCUCCGCCAGAGCAGGAGGAAGAAGGUGGGGCUUUCGUGCCAAAUGAUCCACAAUGAACCGCUAAGCUUUAAAGGGAUAUUCUGGCGUAAAAUUAAGUUAGGGUCAAAAAGACGGUUACAAAAAAAGUGUCUGAGUUAGACACCCCCUUGAGAGAUGAAUAUUGACGACCGCUCGCUUCUCUAGUUAUACCAACUUCAGCGACGACCCCAUGAUAGCAAUACACAGCGGUCUACAUCUCCACAUGCAAACCUCAAUCAAAACGCCACUCUAUAGCCACAAAUAAUGCUCAGAACAGCACCUAACUUGGUACUAGCCACCAAACAUCUUUUUAACUUUGACUAAUUUCUUUAGCAAAGAGAUUAAACACAACUCACCUACUCUCUUCCAGCAGCCGCUUGUUUGUGGGGGAGCCCUGACGAGUCGAUCACCAAGUGCAGCAGAGUUACGCAGCUCAAGGAAGAACAUUUAUGAUUGUUACUUCAUUUUUCCACCGCAUCCGGAACGGCUAUGAAAAGGCUGUAUCUGCCAAUCGUAGCUGAUCGUAACCAUUCAAGUUUACGUGUCAAUUUGCACCGGCUUUUUUCUGUUCCACUGCGGGUCGCCGGACUCCGCAACUGAUCGCAAGAGUUCUAUUUGUUCUGGACGUUUGAGCAUGCCGGAUAAAUUAAGCACAGAUUAACCCGUGCUGGAAAGGAGUCAGGCACAGACACAAAAUAAAACAUACGGCUUCUUUUCAAAAUAAAGCACUCUGUGUUUCAGGCGGAUCAUAUUUCACACCAUGCGAACAGGCAGGGCCAAACAAGUGAAAGGUUUUUAGACGUCAUUUCAUCCCGAUGACACCAUGGAUGAGGAGAUGCUGAUUCUAUAAGUCUAGAAGUAGAUUUCCUCCUCUGGAAGGACAUAAUCUACUGCUUAUAUGGUUAUGUGGCUAAAGAGAUAACCCGUUAUCGCGAUUGCAUGUGAAUCCGCGGGUUCUCACGGAUCUGGUAGGAAUUGGCGUAUGGCAAAAAUCGCCGCCAUUCUGGAUUGGAGCGGUGAAAAUUGGGGGUAAGGCAGAAGAACUACCACAUCUGCAGUGUAAAACAAUUAUUAUUAUGAUUAUUACUUCAUGGAAAUGAUCGGCUGCACUCGGUGAUCGACUCGUUAGGAGACGUAAACCCCUUGUAUUGCUAUCAUGCGGUCGUUACUAAAGUGAGUAUAACUGGAGAAGCAAGCGGUCGGCAACAUUCAUCUCUUGACGGGGUGUCUAACUUGUUGUUACGGCGUGGCUGACCCUAACUUUAUUUUACGCUGGAAUAUUCCUUUCAGUAGAAAGUUCUGGACAGCUCUGCGCCCUGAUAUCAUGUUGUUCUUUCUCCAUCUUGGAAUUUAAUCCCGCCAGCAGAAGAAGUGGUGAACCUGGCAUCCCGCCGUCUGUCCGUCAGCCCGUCCUGCGCCUCCAGCAACUCCCACCGCAACUACUCCUUCCGCCGAGGCUCGGUGUGGUCGGUGCGCUCCAUGGCGAGCGCCGAAGGUAUAAAAACGACGAGGACGGUAAAAUCAAACCUCCGUGUUUAACUCCCUAAACAUCCUCUCUGAGAAGUUUCCUUUUCUUUCGCCAGAUGAGGAGAACACGACAGAACACACACCCACUCACCACAUGUUACAGCCACCACAAGCUGUGUUCCCAGCAUGCAUCUGUGCUGCAGUGCUACCAAUUGUGCACCUUAUGGAGGACGGGGAGGUUAGAGAAGAUGGUGUUGCAGGUAUAAGAGUCCUACAACCGUGAGUUUUCUGCCGCUUUUGGUUCUUCGACUGAUUUUCACGCUCAGACGUUGUUUCUUUAGUGAGUGCCGUCGCUCAACAGAUCCUGUGGAACUGCCUGAUCGAAGACCCCGCCCUCGUUCUUCGCCACUUCCUUGAGAAACUAACAGUCAGCAAUCGACAGGACGAGCUGAUGUACAUGUUGAGGAAGCUGCUCCUCAACAUCGGAGAUCUGCCGGCCCAGACCUCUCACAUCCUCUUCAACUACCUGGUAAAACAGCGAGAAAACGCUCGCUCAUUUCUCACUUAUUCCGUCCAUUCUCCGUGGGUUCUGACGGUGGGGUCUUUCCCCUCAGGUGGGGCUGAUCAUGUAUUUCGUGCGGACCCCGUGUGAGUGGGGGAUGGACGCCAUCUCGGCCACGCUGACCUUCCUUUGGGAGGUGGUCGGCUACGUUGAGGGGCUCUUCUUCAAAGACCUCAAACAGACCAUGAAGAAGGAGCAGUGUGAGGUCAAGCUUCUCGUCACCGCCUCCAUGCCAGGUGAAAAAAAACAUCGACGCUGUUCCAGAGAACCUAAGAGGCUCCAAAUCCACAUUUAUUUGAGUUUGUUUUUGUGUACGGUUGAUGCAGGAACCAAAACUCUGGUGGUGCACGGACAGAACGAAUGUGACAUCCCGACGCAGCUCCCGGUCCACGAGGACACUCAGUUUGACGCUCUGCUGAAGGUAAAACUUCAACAUCUGGAUGUUCUUUUAUCCCUUUUCAGUCCAAGAGUCGAAAACUAAACCAUGACACUUUCAGAAAGCGGUCCAGACCUAAGAUCAUUAGAUGAUGGUGGUGUAAGAGCUGAUCCUGGUCUUUUUUCCCCUCUAAACCAGGAGUGUCUCGAAUUCUUCAACAUACCCGAGGCCAGAUCUGCGCACUACUUCCUCAUGGACAAACGCUGGAACCUAAUUCAUUAUAACAAGGUAGAGACGUGUCGUUUUAAACACGUCAUAUAAAACUCAUAAGCUGUUGUUGUUUUGUUGAAAUCUUUCAGAUCAAAAUAACAAUAAAACCACCAACUAUUGCCAUUUCAGAAAUGCGCAUAACUCGAAGCGAUGAAUUCUUAAAAAAUGCUUCAAAGAGUUUCUAUCUGUGUCCUUCAGACGUAUGUGAGAGACAUCUACCCUUUUCGAAGAUCCGUCUCCCCUCAGCUCAACCUGGUCCACAUGCUUCCCGACAAAGGUCAGGAGCUCAUCCAGAAACAGGUACGGAGGACGGGGGUUGGAUCAAAUCCACCAAGAAAUGUGGAUUUCUUUCUCUUCUUGAUUCGAUCUUUUUUCUUCUCCAGGUGUUUUCCCGUAAACUCGAGGAGGUCGGCCGCGUCCUCUUCCUCAUCUCCCUCACGCAGCACAUGCCGGCUGUGCACAAGCAGUCCCACGUCUCUCUGCUGCAGGAGGACCUCCUCCGCCUGCCGUCCUUCCCGCGCACCGCCAUCGAUGCAGAGUUCUCCCUCUUCAACGAGCCGCAAGGUGAGACACCCUCCCUCUGAUGCAUCAGUUGAACCCUCCUUCUCGUCUUUAUUUCACCUCCUCCUCCUCCUCCUCUUCCUCUUUCAGGUAAAGAGCUGUUCGGUCUGGACACCCUCCACAAAGUGCUGUGGAUCAAGCUGCUGGAGGAGAUGUUUCUGGGCAUGCCCAGUGAGUACCCGUGGGGGGACGAGAUGAUGCUGUUCCUUAACGUCUUCAACGGGGCUCUGCUGCUGCACCCAGAGGACAGCGCCCUCCUCAGGCAGUACACCGCCACUGCCAUCAACACAGCUGUCCACUUCAACCACCUCUUCUCUCUGAGUGGAUACCAGUGGAUCUUACCCACCAUGCUGCAGGUCUGAGAAGUCCAGGACCAGAUUCCUCAUAGAAAUCCACAAUCUUAGACUUGAUCUUCACUCUUGUUUCGCUCUGACAGGUUUACGCCGACUAUGAGAGCAACCCGUUACUGAGGCAGGGCAUCGAGUUCUGCUGCCGCCAGUUCUACAUCCUCCACCGCAAACCCUUCAUCCUGCAGCUGUUUGCGAGCGUCGCCCCACUGCUGGAGUUCACGGUAAGACUCUUUAAAGCACUGUGAACGUUUUAGGACUUCUUUAACAUUUCCCCCUAACCGAGUUUAUCAACUUUUGCCCCUCAGACCAGCACCAGUACCGGUCUGUCUAAAGGAGUGUCGGCUCAGUGUCUCUUUGACCUGCUGGUCUCUCUGGAAGGGGAGACUCAGGACUCUCUGGACGCUCUGGAGCUGGUGAAAGCGGAGAAACCUCUACGCUCUUUAGGUGAGUCUCUUCACGGGGUUUAAUGCAAAUGAGAAGAUAAAUACCAGCUGUCCUGAAAUCCUCUGUUGUGUGUUUGUUCCAGAUUUUUGUUACGGGAACGAGGACUUGGCCUUUUCCAUCAGCGAGGCCAUCAAGCUGUGUGUCACUGUGGUCGCCUACGCCCCGGAAUCCUUCAGAAGGUACGAGGACACGUCAAGGAUUUCUCUCUCAUGUACCGGUUGUUGUGUCUUCACUCAUAUGUGUCUCUGCAGUCUCCAGAUGCUGAUGGUGCUGGAAGCCUUGGUCCCCUGUUUUCUCCAGAAGCUGAAGAGCAACACGGUAACGAUGGAGUCCGCCUCAGCCGCCAGGGAUGAGAUCGCCGCCAUUGCCGCUCUGGCCACGUCCCUGCAGGCGCUUCUUUACAGCUCAGAGGCCCUGACAAGGUCUGAAUCCAGUCUGUGGACCGUUGGAAGAGUUUUAGCCGCACAUAUUACUCACAUCUUCUUCUCUACAGGCCCAUGACAGCCCCUCAGAUGUCCCGCUGCGACCAAGGCCAUAAAGGAGGAACUACAGCCAACCACGCCAUGUCAGGAGGAGUCAACACCAGGUAUCUGCUGACAGGAGAGGAUUUAACUGAAGGUGUCCUACAGCAGGAAAAACUGAAGACAUAUGUUUGUCUAUGUUUGUCAGAGAUAACCCCCACCUGUUAGAGGAGGGCCAGGGCAUGCCGAGGGAGGAGCUGGAUGAGCGCAUAGCGAGGGAGGAGUUCCGCCGGCCUCGAGAGUCCCUGUUAAACAUCUGCACGGAGUUUUACAAACACUGCGGACCGAGGCUGAAAAUCCUGCAGAACGUGGCCGGAGAGCCUCGAGUCACGGCUCUAGAGCUGCUGGAUAUCAAGUCCCACAUGAGGUGAGGAGAGCAGGUUGUUCUUUUCCAGAAAUCGACAAGAGAACUCAAAAGAGUGACUACAGCUGCAGUUACACGGGCAAAAUUUUAACAUUUGAGGGAUCAGCUGAUCUGAAUCCACUGUUUAUGUGGGCGCCAAAUCAAAUAAUCUGAUCAUGACGUGCGUAUACAUGCACCAAGCUUUAUUCAGAUUAGAAGCCUUUGGACAUGCGCAGAGUUUUCUGAUUUCGCUAAAACAACCACAGAAGAAGAAGAGUUGUAUUUACGCCUGUGUUGACAACAAACCAACAAACACGGUAGUGGCUCACUCCAUCCAAUUCAGGAGUUUCCCCCCCCUGAUAAAUAUUGUCAAUAGAUGGCGCCCUUGCGUACUUCUUUUACUGUUGUGUCAAAGGUCGCACCGUGCGCGCAGAUGUGACAUCAUGACACUGUGUGUACGCCUUGUUAUGUAGUCAGAGAAACAAUAAUAAAAAUUAAAUAAAAAUAAAAAAUAACAAUAAUAAUUAAAAAAUAAAAAAUUAUAAAAAAAUUAAGAAUUAUUCAAAAGUAAAAAAGUAAAAAAAAUAGUUUAAAAAUUUAAAAUAAAAUAAAAUAAUAAAAAAAAUAAAAUAAAAUAAAGAAAUAAAAAAAAAUUGAAAUAAAAUAAAAUAAUAAAAAAAUGUCAAAUUAAAAAAAAAAUGUCAUUGGAUGUAAGCGCAGCUAUUAAUUCAUGCUGAAGGUGAGUCCGUGUGUCCUCCUCCCAGGCUGGCAGAGAUCGCCCACGCCCUGCUGAAGCUGGCGCCCUACGACACCCUGACCAUGGAGAGCCGAGGGCUGCGUCGCUACAUCAUGGAGAUGCUCCCCAUCACGGACUGGUCGUCGGAGGCCGUCCGCCCCGCCCUCAUCCUCAUCCUGAAGAGGCUGGACCGCAUGUUCAACAAGAUCCACAAGAUGCCCACGCUCAGGUGCGCUCGCCCACAGGCACUAUGCACCAGGUCUGUUGAAUACGAUCCUCUUCUCUCUCCGUUUCCUGUGAGUGUAUCGUGCUGUGCCGGUGCCGUGCUGUGAACUGUAGAUAGACGGCUUCUUGGCACUGUCUUCCGUAUCGCUGCCUACGUGGUGCUGUAACCGUAAGUGCUGGUGGGGCUGCUGUGGUGUGUUUUUGUGCACAGGCGGGUGUGUGAAAGAGGGGAAGGUGGAGGAGAGUGUGAACUAACAAUCCAUUUCAGCGUUCCCUCAAAGCCAGAAUCCAGUCUUAUGUCAUGGAAGAUUUCAGUAUUGAAGGUGUCCUUUAGGUGGAAAGCAACAUUCAGAAUCCAGAGGGGUUAAUCGUCUUUUAAAUACUUCUUUGAUUGUCUGUGUUGCAAAUUCACUGCAACUUGUAAUCAUUAAAAUGUUUUUAUUGUGACCCCCAACCUGAAAAAUAGGGUCAGUUUUAUCACUUAGACGUAAUAAACUUUGUAUCAGGUGAAAUCGUAAGAAAUUAUGUGCCGUAGAGACGGGUUGAUCAGACAAAGAACAGGGUUUCUGCUGGGUCUUAAAAAAGUCUUAAAAUUCUCUUAAAACCUCAUAAAAUGUCUUAAAUACAAAUUUGAAAGGUCUUAAAAAUAUAUUGAUUUUACUUACAAAACAAGAUCAAUUUGAAGUUUGUUAAACAUGAUCUAAUUUCUAGGGUGUGCAAUACUUAAAAAAAAAAGAUCUGAUUUUCCUUUAUGUCUUUUUGUUUUUUUUAUGGAUGUAAAAUGGAUCUUAAAUUGAAUUCAUUACAGUCUUAAAAAAGUCUUAAAUCUGACUUGUUGAAACCUGCAGAAACCCUGAAAGAAGACAUUAAUCCUGCAUAGAAUUGAACAAUAAUGUCGAUGUCGAAGCAUUUUAACGUGAAAUGAAAAACUUGUUUUAAAAAAGUUGGACAGGAGCAACAAAAAAAAACUGAUAGGAAAGAAAAAGACACCUUCAGGAACGUCUUCAGGCUGAUUUUACUAAUUAAUGACAGGUAAGUAACAUAACCAAGUGUGAAUGAGGUGUUUCAGGGAGGCCAGGGAGGUAUCAGAGAGGUAUCAAAAACAGGCUUAAAGGGAUACUCCGGCGUUAAAUUAAGUUAGGGUCAAACACACAGUAACAUCGAGUUAGACACCCUCUCAAGAGAUGAAUGUAGCGAACGCUUGCUUCUCUAGUUAUACCAACUUUAGUAACGACAGCAUGGUAGCAAUACAAAGAGUCAUGCGGUCAACCAAAACGCCACUCUAUAGCCACAAAUAAUGCUCAGAACAGCACCUAACUUCAACAACAGUACAUAUACGGUCCAAGCCAUAGGACUUGACAUCAAACAUCUUUUUGACUAAUUUCUUUAGCACAGAGACUAAACACAACUCACCUACUCUCUUCCAGCAGUUGCUUGUUUGUAGUGAGACCUCAGGCCAGUCAUCUCUCGGGGGAUUUCCAACUUUGUGUUACAGUGUGUUUGACCCUAAAUUAAUUUUAGGCUGGAAUAUCCCUUUAACUACAGAACGCUCAGAUGGCCGUGCGGGUUAGCACGCCCUAUGUAUGGGAACCACAGUCCUCACUGAGGUCGCAGGUUCGAGUCCGGCUCUGACCUUGUGCUGCAUCUCCUCUCCACUCUUUCUCUGCCUCCCCUCAUUUCACCCUGUCCUUUAAAAAAGACAAAAAUCGCCCCCCCCAAAAAAAAAUAAAACAGGCCUACCACAUGGGCUCAAAGACAGGACGGAAUAUCUAAAAAAUGUAGAAAAUCUGAAUAAGACAAGAAAGUCAGGGCUGAUACCUGAUACUGUGCGGCUGAUACUGUAGUGGAUGCCAACGCAUGGGUUCAAAUGACACUAAGGCUAAUAACAGCUGAUAUCCUGCACGCUUAAUUUAGCAAAAACGCUCCUGGGAGGUGGACACUUGUUGUUACCGCUUGUUUUUCCUCUGACUUUUUUUUUCCUUUUUCGUUCUUUUCUUCAUUUUAAAGUGAUAAUAAAUCUGUUUUAUUGACUGUUUCCUGACUGCUACCUCAAUAAUCAUAAUAAUAAUAAUAGUAAUAAAAAAACACUUUAAACUAAUCUUACAUCCUUUUCUGUGACACAAGACUGUCUGGCUCAGAGGGAACUCUGCCAACAGGUGUGUUUUUUCCACAUCAGGAUGUGUUGAGCUGGCUGUGUUUGUGAGCUUUGCUUCAUAUUUUCCCACAUAUGCUUUCAGUAUUUAUCACAGUCACAUAGGAGAGGGUUUCAAACAUUCACAUCUAUGAGAAGAGUUGGUUGAAGAGACAGAAACUUUCAUUUAAAUGAGACUUUUGUUCUCGUGAGCGUAUGUUUUAAUGGGGUGCGGGGUGGUGCUGCAUGGAUGGGUGUUCUCCAGGAGACAGGUGGAGUGGGAGGCGGCCAGCAGCCUCAUCGAGGGGAUCUGCCUGACGCUGCAGCGACAGCCAAUCAUCUCCUUCCUCCCUCACCUUCGCUCGCUCAUCAACGUCUGCGUCAACCUGGUAAAAACACACAGGCUGAAAAGAUAAUCAACAUUUUCCUGUUGUUGUAUUUCCAGAGUUUAAAUCAGUGUUUCCUCUUUACUCCACAGGUGAUGGGUGUAGUUGGUCCCUCCAGCGUGGCGGACGGGCUCCCUCUGCUCCACCUCAGCCCGUACCUGUCGCCCCCGCUGCCCUUCAGCACAGCCGUGGUCAGGCUGGUGGCUUUGCAGAUUCAGGUGAGUCUCCGAUUUACUCGAUCGUCAUCCGCACCUCCUCUGAUUGAUCAUCAUCCGACGUGUUUUCCCUCUUCCAGGCGCUGAAAGAAGACUUCCCUCUCAGCCAUGUGAUAUCACCGUUCACCAAUCAGGAGAGGCGAGAGGGGAUGCUGCUCAAUCUGCUCAUUCCUUUUGUGCUCACUGUGGGCUCUGGGAGCAAAGGUAAGACUUACCCCCAAUAUCUACCGCAUCCGGAACGGCUACGAAACGGUCGUAUUCGCCGAUUGUAGCUGAUCGUAACCAUUCAAGUUCAUGUGUCAGGUUAUAAACUGAAAAGAUGGAAACCUAAAAGUCUUCUGAGCUUGAUUUUUCGCGCCCUCUGUCUCUGCAGACAGCCCUCACCUGGAGCAGCCUGAGAUCUUCCUCCUCCUCCAGACGGUCAUCAACAUCCUCCUGCCUCCUCGAAUCAUCUCCACGUCCCGCACCAAGAACUUCAUGCUGGACGCCUCCCCGGCUCACUGCUCCACCCCCGGCGACACCGGGAAGGAUCUGCGCAGGGAGGGGUUAGCCGAGUCCACCAGCCAGGCGGCGUAUCUGGGUAUGAAUGACAAGAGGUGUCCUUUUCUACUCCUUCCUUCCCGCUGCUUCAACCUUCUCAUCCUCUUCUCCCUGCAGCUCUGAAGGUGGUGCUGGUGUGCUUCGAGCGCUCGCUAGGGAACCAGUGGUACCGGCUGAGCCUCCAGGUGAAGGAGAUGGCUCUGAGGAAGGUGGGCGGCCUCGCCUUCUGGGACUUCAUCGACUUCAUCGUCAGAACUCGUAUCCCCAUCUUCGUCCUCUUGCGACCUUUCAUUCAGUGCAAGGUAGACUACUCUCCCCUCAGGUGUUUUCGUUCACUUUGAGUUCUUUCCUCAGUGAUUCAUUUUGAUCGUUUUUCUGUAGCUGCUGACUCAGCCCGCAGACUCCCAGGAGGAGAUCACAGCUCGCCAUCACAUCGCCGACCAGCUGGAGCGACGAUUCAUCCCGCGGCCUCUCUGCAAGAGCUCGCUAUUCGCAGAGUUUAACAACGAGCUCAAGAUCCUGAAGGAGGCCGUGCACAGCGGCUCAGGUAACACAAACUCACAUUUUUAGAUCUUUGUCUGAUCUUCUUCCCGCUCGCUCUAAAUUCGAUUAUCUUCAUUCGUGUUCAACAGCCUAUCAGGGCAAGACGUCCAUCAGCACCGUGGGAACUUCGACGUCAGCGUAUCGCCUCAGUUUGGCCACAAUGUCGCGCUCCAACACGGGAACCGGCACGGUUUGGGAGCAGGACAGCCAACCGUCUCGCCAGCCGUCGCAGGAUACACUCAGCCGCACAGACGAGGACGAUGAAGAGAGUCAGAAACGCUCUGAAACCACCUCCACUUCUUUUUUUUUACUCUUAAAGAAACUUCAUUUAAACUCUCCGCCUUCCUCUCUCUCCCUUCUCUAGAUGACUCCAUGAGCAUCCCCAGCGUGGUCAGCGAACACGAGGCCUUCCUGCCCAGAGUCAUCUCACAGCGCCGCUUCUCUAGCCACGCCACGGGCUCGGCCGCCUCGCAGCCCGAGCCGCCCCGCAGCACAAUGCUGCCCAGCCACAGGUGACGGUCCAGAUGCACCCAUAAGAUUUUAUUCGGAGAGCGUGGCUAAUGUUAGCAGUGUAGAUCAAUGAUGCAGUAUAACAGUAACUGGAGCUACGGCUCCCUCUAGUGGCAGAUGGCUGCAUUACAGCUCAGACACAACAUAUGACCAGCAUUUCAGGACGACAGUGAGAGAAGUUUUGACUGAUUUAAUCACAUAAAACAAGACUUGAGCCGUUUUCGAAUUGGCCUACUGCAUACUCCUGCCGAACGCAGUAUGUAGUACCACAGACUGUAUCUAGAAUGGACGCCAUCUGCCUCCUCGCUGGGUGAAGCCACGCCGAGAACAGCACCCUCUGGUGACGGGCUGCAGUAUAGGUCAUGCUUAUGGAGAUGUGGACAAACUAUAGAAAUUAUAUAUAUACAGUCUAUGUGUAGUACAUACUACAUACUGAGUACUGUGUUUGAAAGUAGUAUGCAGUACAACCACAAGUCGGCUGUUAUUCUGUAGUACGCUUUGCCCGGUUUAGCUGAUUUCCGGUAUGGAAAAGUACAUCGUACCCUGGUAAAUUGCAACAACACUACAGAGUUGUCCAUUACGCACUGAAUAAAAAUCUUCUAUGUGUUUUUAUUUGAAUUUUGCGGGAUUUUUUAGCCCAGUACCAGACAUCAAAACUUGUUCUGUCUAUGCAAGGACUCGUCGAUCUGGCAGCAUUUGAUUCUCAUCACGGCGCUGUAAUUACAGCAAAGUUAUGAUGUCGGUUAUGUUGUCCUCGUUCCGCUUAAAUGAAAGAAGUUGCGAUUCUUGCUAAACGUGUUAAGUGAUGGCGUCUGCCUAGGCACUUUGCAUUGUGAGUAACAGUAGGCGAAGCAGACUGGUCUGAUGCAUACUGUGAAAUUCUCCCGAAAUAGUACAUCAUCCGGGAAUUUUUGGCAUACUGCAAAUUUCGCAUUUAUUCGCCGACAGCAUACUAAAUAUUGGCUGAAUCAGUACAUACUGCUAGUAUAGUAGGCGAAUUUGAAAACGGCUUCAGUUACUCAUAAACACUCAUCUCAGAAUUAGGAGGUAGGUCGCCCUCUGCUGGUCACAAGUAAAAUUGCAGAUUUUAGUGAUUUUUUUUCUUCAUUUUUGGAGGCUGGAUCCACUUCGUACACACAGUCCGAGGUUUCUAAUCGUGUUUAUCGUACAUGUAUUUAAGUAACAUUUGGAAAAAAAAGAUCAACCGACCAAUCAUAUCCCACGACCACGGCCAUCUUUGUCUGUAUAUCUCUGUUGAUUGAAACUGUUUUUACUCGGCAGUCUCAGAGCAGCGUUUGUGAAGAAGUAGCUAACUCUCUGUGAUCUUGGGAAGAAUGAAGCUGUUGAUCCUCCCUCGCCCCGCUCUCUCUCUCUCUCUCUAUCUCGGGGGGCGUUUGCUGGAUCUCAACUACACUCCCUAACCCCACCCCCCACCUCCCACCCCCCCUUCUCCCCCCUCCGCCCCCCCCCCCCCCUCCCCCUUUUUACAGUGAACCCAAUGUGCUAGAUGAGUCCCAGGGCCUUCUGCAGGAGGGUAACCUCUCUAGGUACAGUGGGCCUCUCUCUCUCUGUGUCCCAUUGGUGCGUUUCUUGCAUCUGUCCGGGAGGGGCAUCGCCUUGGGACGGCCUCUUCUGAUGGCUGCCUCCUCGUUGAUCACUCAUCCACAUCCAAUCAAAUCGCCUCAAAACGGCCACACCUCCCCCCCCCCCCGUCACUUCUUCCCCCCCACCACCACUUCUCUGUCUCUUCCUCUUUCUGUGUGGGUGCCUGUUUCUAUCCCCCUUUUCCCCCCUUUGAGCUCCACACUGACCCUCAUCUCCUCAGCUCAUCUGCUGCGCUAUCCUAACCAGGCCCCCUCCUCCUCCUCCUCCUCCCCACAUUGAUAAAAAAAGAGGGCCCCCUCCUCCCUAAGUCCCAGGGCCUGCCUCUGUUUCUCCUCUGUGGGUCUUUCAGAGUUGAUGUGCCAUCACCAAAGUCAGCCUCUCUCCCAUCGGUCGCCAUGGUGUUUCAUACUGUUUACGUGUCUCUCAGGCUUCUCGCUGAUCAAAUUGGGCGUCCUACUUUGGAUACCAAUCUGUAGGGGCAAGGGGGAACUGGAGUGGCAACUUUACCUCUCUGUCUAAUUCACCUUUUUCUGAACUAAUCUGCUCAGUCACGUUUGGAUCUGAAAUCAGGGAAUUUAAAAUAAAAACGACAAUUUUUCUAGUUUUCUCCCCUCAGAGUUGCUGCUCCAGCCCCUGCUGCCCCCCUGUUGUGUUUUCAGUGUACAAAUCAUGGCGGCACUGUUUUUCCUGCACUGUGAUUGGCUGUCUUGUAACAUACUGUGUGUGUCGUGUAGUGAGUGAUUUUGGUAGAUUAGCAGCAGAAAAAAAAACAAAAAAAAAACAAGUGUGGCGAGUAGAGGAGCACAUCUGAGGAUACACUCGGACAUCGUUUUGUUUAACUGUGGCGUUUUCUUCUGUGUGUGUUUAUGUGAUUGGUUGAAUCAGGGUCGCCAGCGUGCAGAGUGAACCGGGCCAGCAGAACCUCCUGAUCCAGCCUCCGUUAGGAAGGAAGCGAGGACUCAGACAGGUGAGGACCUCAGGAUAAGCUUUAAAGGGAUAUUCCGGCGUAAAAUUAACCGAGUUUGACACCCCGUCAAGAGAUGAAUGUUGCCGACCGCUUGCUUCUCUAGUGGUUCCCAAUUUCCUUAAUUUUACGCCAGAAUAUCCCUUUAAAAGAUCAUAGACAGUUGCCGAUUUUCAACUCAUGUUUUACUCCUUCCUGCAGCUGCGGCGCCCUCUGCUGUCCAUCCCUAAGACUGAACCGCGCGGUCGAUCUGGAGCCAGACUCUCCACAACCCGCAGGAGCAUCCAGCCCAAAAACAAACCUCUGGGUAAAACUCGAACACCUUCAUCUGUGUGUUUAAAAAAAAGUGAUAAAAACAGUUUUAAAAUAAUCGGAAGGGUGGAGUGAAUCAGUGAAUCUCCCCAGACUUCAGAUCAGACACACAGCGGUCCAAAUGGAGAUGUUUCUGGUGUUUCGAUGUUUGAAGUGUGUGUGCUGACUUGAAGUGACCCGUCCUCCCCUCUCCCCUCUGUCUUUGUUCCAAUGCUGUUUGUUGAUUCACCUGUCACCGGACUGACUCUUCUCACUCUGUUCUGUCUCAUGCCUUUUGUUUCAAAAUAAAGAAACUUUAUUGGACUGUGAAGGUGAGACAUGUACUCGUACCCCUUCCUCUCCACCCUGCAACGGCCCACCCCCCUUUUUCUCUGCAACCUCACCCCCAGUAGGGCGCUCUGCAUGUCUGUCUUGCAACCCCUCCCUCCCCCCCUGCCUCCCCCUCCUGUCCCCUCCUCCCCCUGCCUCCACUCUCUUUGGUGGUGCUACGAGUCAGCGAGUCGCAUAUCCUCGAAGCUCCGCUCUGUUUUGUUUUGACCGUGUGUGCGUUGCUUGUUUGCUCCCCACAGCGCACGGAGACCAAAAGAGGUCAGUGACGUUUACAGAGAGUCAAGGUCAGCAGGCGUCGUCUGCAGGGGCCGGCAAGCCCCCAACCCCGAGCACGGUGGAGCCUCCAGCUGAGGGCAGGAAGGACAGUCCUGCUCUGUCAAAGUCCCCGACUCUGGAGGUGCCGACGUCUGUCUCGUCUGCUACUGUCACUGCAGAUCUGCACAGCCACACCAACCCACAGGUAGAGUUUGGGGCUCAGUAGUAGAAGAGUCCUUACCAUUCAAAACCAUCAAAAUUCUCCUUAUUUAAAGGUGGGGUAGGCAGGAUCUGAGGAAGUGCCAGUUUUUAGGAGAAAUCUUGAAUGUAAACUCUACCGCUCCCAACCAGUUUUCCCCUCAGCUCCUCCUCUCUGCUCCAGCAAGCCCCGCCCACAAACAGACGCUCCUGCUCGCUCGUAUCGUUUCAAUUAAAUUCAGAUAUAAUGCAGAUAAAUACUUCAGAUAAUUACAAAUGGGGCCCAGUCAACGUUAUAGUAAAAGUAUUACCAGCACAAUGUUUGCAGGACUUCCACCACGAGGAUAAAGUGACAUAGUCCAGGACCAGAUGAACAGUUUGGCGGCGUUACAACAAGAAGCAGGUCCCGUUUGACAAGAAACACUUCGGUUACAGGGUCCGUAAGAUUGCUAAGCAACCCCCAUUGUUUAUGCAGAUGUUGACCCGGCUUCUUAGCUAUUGUCCGGUCUACCUCUGAACUCUACUAGUUAACAAGUGAGGCAAAAAAAACACUUGCUUGUGUUACCUGUUUGCUUUUAGCUAAUGCUAGUGAGCUAGCGCGGUUUGAAAUUCCUACUAGUUAAGAUCUAAAUGUCUUUGCUAGUGUCACUGUAUGCUAGCUGGUGUAACUAAAGGACAUUUCAAACUAGUUGACAUUUUUGUAGGCUUAUAGUCAGUUAUGUUAAAAUUGUGUCCAAUCAUAUCUCUAAAUGACAUUUUAGCUUUAACGAGUACAACUAGUUAAUAUUUUAAACCCUACUAGCUAAUAAGUAAGGUGAAAAAAACACCCACUAGUGUUACCUGUUUGCCUUUUGCUGAUACUAGUGAGGUAGCACGGUUUGAAAUUCUUACUAGCUAAGAUCAAAACGCCUUCGCUAGUAUGCUAGCUAGUGGGACAUUUUGGUCUUCACCAGUAAACCAGUUGACAUUUUUAUCGGCUUUUUAAGUGCCCUGUCUUUCCGCCAGUCUCCGGUAUUUACUUAGUUUUAUUGCUUGUGUUUUCCGUAUUUUCUGGUUGGUUUCUACUGUUUGAUGUUGUAGCACGCUAACUUUGUUUGGGCUCGUGGACAUGGAGCGUGCCUCACAACACGAGGGAGCAGCGUCUGCUUCACAACCAAUCAGGUUGGGGAGGUGGAAAAUGGCUUUGUUUACAAUCAGAUUCCUGCCUACCUCACCUUUAACGGAGUAAGAGUUCAUUAUCUGAUGUCUAAUUAUGGAGGUUGAAGCUGUAAAAACUGAAUUCUGUGUCCCAGGUUCCUCCAGCCAUCAGCAGCAAGGAGAAGCGGGAGCAGUGGGGGCUCCGCAGCAGCCUCUCUCCUCCCCCUUCCAUCUCCCGACCCUCCACCCCGACACCCCCAUCUCGAACCUGCUCCCCUCUCCCCCUCUCCCGAACCUGCUCUCCUCUCCCCCUCUCCCGCACCUCCUCCCCGCUCCCUCCUCCGCUCCCCGUACUCAGCACAGCCCCAGCCCCGGGUCCUCCUCCGCCGCCUCCCCUCCCGCCGGCCCCUCUCCUGCCUCCCCCUCCGCCAGGGCCGUCCAGAAUCAGAGAAAGCCCCGGAGACGAAGACACGACGGCUCUGCUUCCCCGCAGCGACACUCUGCUGCAGCUCAGCGACGACGAGGGCACAGAGAACCCCCUCCUCACCCCGCUGCUCUCUCCCUCACCCCGCAGGUCGCCACGCAGAUCCCCUCUUCCUCUGUCUCCUGUGGACCUGGACCUGGAUGAGUCUCACGUUUGAGGAGGGAGUCAGGUGUAUUAUAUUCAUCUUUCUGUAGCCCAAACCAAACCCCAGAGAAAAAUCUGCAAGUUACAGAAAACAGGGAAGCUGUGUCGCACAAAUCUCUAAAUACUUAAGAGCUAAAACAGAAAACGUACGUUUAGACAAUCUGAAAGUACGAGGCUUGAGAGAAAGGGAAUGUACAGACAGAGAAAUGUGGCUUUUUUUGCAAACUAACCCCUGCAGACUUUGUUUAGCUGCUCUCAGUCCCUUUUUUCCUCUCAAACUUUACCAUCCUCUUUAUCCCCUUCUUUCUCUGUAUGUCUCUUAUAAUGUCACAUGAGGGGUUGAAUGUAUCUUACAGCAGCAGUCUACCUUAGCUCUCAUUAUGGAAAAGUGAAGUAACUCGAUUUAUUCCUCCCUGAGAUGAAAGAUUUAUUUUUUACCUACGUCUCAUGUUGGAAAAAGUAUUAAAAAAUCCUCCAAUUUAAAACUUUUUAAAGUUAAAUCUAAAGAAAGCUGACAUUUAUUUAAAAAGAAAUGCUUUAAAGUGUAAAAAAAAAUUGCAAAUAUUAAAGCUAUAUGAAGAGCCAUUCUAAACAUAAGAGGGUAAAUCAGCAAAAAUAAGAUAUUUUAUAUUAAAGAAGAUUAUUGUAAGGGUUGGUGUAAAGUCAAAUUUACUCCUCACAGAGUUUAUUUCUUUUUAUUCUUGAUAUAAAUUAAACAGAAAAGUCAAUUUGACAAGUUAACUGGUCUUACUCUGGCUGCUAAAUCCAAUCACGAAGGAGAGAAAGUACUGACACUACCUUUGAGUUUCUCGGUGCACAUUUUUAAUGACCUCAUAUUCUCAAACUUACGGUAAAUCCAUUUACUCUCAUACAUCUGUGCUGCUCAGCGUCUUGACAGAGUAUUUUAUUAGUGACCAAAGACUGUAUCUUUAUCUUAAUCUUGUGUUUCAGUGAUCUAAAAUAGCACUUCAGCAAAAACACACAUUUACUAAAGACGUCCUCUGCUGUUGUUCUGUGUGUGUGUGUGUGUACACAUGUGUAUGUCUCCUCUUUUUAUUGCAACUAUGAUGAAGCGAUGCAGUAGAUAGCUGUUACCUCGUUGCUCAUUUCAUGCCUUAACAGAGAAAUAUCAACAUGUCUGUCAGAUUUAACAUGUCUGUAUAAACAGCAUAUUUAGUAUUUAUCAGAGUUUAUUGUCUGCUUAAAAAAAAAGAACCUCAUACCUCCAUGAUACGUUAUUUAUUUUUGGAUUAAAACACAUGUUGUUGUAUAUAAAAUGAUAUCUUUAGUGUUAUUAAUUUGAGAUUAAAUCGACAUGAAAUAGGAUAAUUAUGUGCCAUAAUCCACACCAACGCACUGUGAGUGAUUUUGCUUCUCUGCUUUGCGUCAGUUUCCGGCACAGUUUCUCCGACUGUGUGUGAAUAUGUGGUAUUUGUUUGGGUACAUGGGAAGGGAAUAAAGCAGCUUCAGUGACUCAGACCUGUAAAUCAAAUAUUUAUGAUAUGAAAUAAUAAAGAUGUUUUUAGUCAGAGGGCCGUUAAACUGUUCAAUCUGAGUUCCCUUUAAAUGUUAUGUGUCUGUGUCAGAUUAUGUCUCCUUUGUGCUGAUACGAAUAAAACGACAGUAUAUCAGAAUAUGUCUGGACAUAUCUAAAUACAUAAAUAAAUGGAUAUUGUUUACAAUGUU